AAGUGAUCUCUGCGCUGUAUGAGGGAUCAGGCUUUGUAGAGCUGGGUGAGGGACUAGCAGGUUAGGGUGCUCCGUACCGUAUUGCGCAUGCGUGGACAGUAUGUAAAGAACAGGCUGGUGCUCUAGUUUAUGCUCAAGUUCCUCCACCUUUCAUACAGAGAUGGACCUGGAUAGUGUGCUGGAGAGAGUCAACACUGGCAACCAGGAUAGCAUUGAAACCGCCCUGAGAGACUACAAUGCAGAGGUACAUCUCUCACUGCACCCUCCUACUACACUGUCACACCAUAGCUGGCUGCACUGCCCCAACAUAGCACUGCCCCAACAUAGCACUGCCUUACUGCACGGUCACACCAUAGCUGGCUGCACUGCCCCAACAUAGCACUGUCUCAACAUAGCACUGCCACACCAUAGCUGGCUGCACUGCCUCAACAUAGCACUGCCUCACUGCACUGUCACACCAUAGCUGGCUGCACUGCCUCACUGCACUGUCACACCAUAGCUGGCUGCACUGCCCCAACAUAGCACUGCCUCACUGCACUGUCACAACAUAGCACUGUCACAUUACUGUACGGUCCAACAUAGCACUAUCACACCAUAGCUGGCUGCACUGCCCCAACAUAGCACUGCCCCAACAUAGCACUGCCUUACUGCACGGUCACACCAUAGCUGGCUGCACUGCCCCAACAUAGCACUGCCUCAACAUAGCACUGCCUCAACAUAGCACUACCUCACUGCACUGUCACACCAUAGCUGGCUGCACUGCCCCAACAUAGCACUGUCUCAACAUAGCACUGCCACACCAUAGCUGGCUGCACUGCCUCAACAUAGCACUGCCUCACUGCACUGUCACACCAUAGCUGGCUGCACUGCCUCACUGCACUGUCACACCAUAGCUGGCUGCACUGCCCCAACAUAGCACUGCCUCACUGCACUGUCACAACAUAGCACUAUCACACCAUAGCUGGCUGCACUGCCCCAACAUAACACUGCCCCAACAUAGCACUGCCUUACUGCACUGUCACACCAUAGCUGGCUGCACUGCCCCAACAUAGCACUGCCUCAACAUAGCACUGCCUCAACAUAGCACUACCUCACUGCACUGUCACACCAUAGCUGGCUGCACUGCCCCAACAUAGCACUGCCCCAACAUAGCACUGCCUUACUGCACUGUCACACCAUAGCUGGCUGCACUGCCUCAACAUAGCACUACCUCACUGCACUGUCACACCAUAGCUGGCUGCACUGCCCCAACAUAGCACUGCCUCAACAUAGCACUGCCACACCAUAGCUGGCUGCACUGCCUCAACAUAGCACUGCCUCACUGCACUGUCACACCAUAGCUGGCUGCACUGCCCCAACAUAGCACUGCCUCACUGCACUGUCACAACAUAGCACUGUCACAUUACUGUACGGUCCAACAUAGCACUAUCACACCAUAUGCACUGCCCCAACAUAGCACUGCCCCAACAUGCACUGCACUGCACAACAUAGCACUGUCACAUUACUGUACGGUCCAACAUAGCACUAUCACACCAUAGCUGGCUGCACUGCCCCAACUGCACUGCCCCAACAUAGCACUGCUCCACUGCACUGCCACAACAUAGCACUGCCCCAACAUAGCACUGCCUCACUGCACUGUCACACCAUAGCACUGUCACAUUACUGUACGGUCCAACAUAGCACUAUCACACCAUAGCUGGCUGCACUGCCCCACUGCACUGCCCCAACAUAGCACUGCUCCACUGCACUGCCACAAUAUAGCACUGUCACAUCACUGAACCCUCACUACACACACUCUGACAGUGUCCUCUCUCUGCACUCUCACAGAUGAUAGUGUCCUCUCACUGCACUCUCACAGAUGAUAGUGUCCUCUCACUGCACUCUCACAGAUGAUAGUGUCCUCUCACUGCACUCUCACAGAUGAUAGUGUCCUCUCACUGCACUCUCACAGAUGAUAGUAUCCUCUCACUGCACUCUCACAGAUGAUAGUGUCCUCUCACAGAUGAUAGUGUCCUCUCACUGCACUCUCACAGAUGAUAGUGUCCUCUCACAGAUGAUAGUGCACUCUCACAACAUACACAUUCUGACUGCCCUGGCACAACAUAGCACUAGCUCACUGCAAUUUGUCACAACAUAUCCCACAUUUUACCCUCUCCUGCACUACACAGUCACAACCUCUACACUGUGCUGUCAUAAAAAAAAACCAAAUAAUGCAAUGUGCUCUCACAAGAAAGUAUCUCUCUUUGCACUGGACUGUUACAACAUACCACCUCCUCCUUUCACUGUUUUUUCACAAUAUUGUUCACACUCCUUGCACUGUGCUGUCACAGCAUGGCCCUUCCUUUUCAUCUGAGAGGGGUUUUUCACAAUGUAACACCUGUCCCUUGCACAGUGCUAUUAUAACUUAGCACCUUCUUUCUCACUACAUUGUGCUGUCAUGACAAUGCACUUUUCAACAUGAAAAACUCUAACUACACUUUCUGCCACAACUCCCUCUGACUGGACCAUUUGCAGAGGUAUCUUCUCACUGAGCAAAAUCUGCAUCCUCUAUUUUGCACCUGUCCUAACAAUGUACUGUAUUACUAUGAGGCUCUAUCUUUUGGACACACUGAACUGCCAAAACUCACAGCAAAAAAAAAAAUAAAAAAUAAAAAAAAAAUUACAAUUUCACUUUCAAUAAUGCUUGUAUGACAAUUUGAGUGACAUGUUUUACCUGACCUUGCUAUUUAUUAUCAUUCUUGACACAAUCCUUAAAAAAGGACCAACCUUUAAAAAGUACCUGGUGGUUUUUAAAACCAUAGGUUAACAGUAUAUCCUUGCACAAGUGGGAUUUUCAAAAAUAUGUUUUUUAUGUCUUUGUACAUCUGACAUCUAUCUACUGCUACAUACUUACAAUUGUUGUGUAUGCUUUUAGGAAAUUUAUUAUUUAUAACAUUAUUUUUUAUGCUUCUUGCUGCCAAUGUUUAGCAGUAAUGGCUUGUAGGAUAACUGAAGUUCAAUUUCAAAUGUUAGGUCUUGAUUAGACACAACUGCUACACAGUGAGGGGAUAAAGUUUUUGAUCCCCUGCUGAUUUUGAACGUUUGCUCACUGACAAAGAAAUGGUCAGUCUAUAAUUUUAAUGGCAGGCGUAUUUUAACAGUGAGAGACAGAAUAACAAAAAUAAAUUUAAAAAAAAUUAGAAAAACGCAUAUCAAAAAAGUUAUAAAUUGAUUUGCAUGACAAUGAGUGAAAUGUGUAAUUGACCCCUUCGACUUAGUACUUGGUGGCAAAACCCUUGCUGGCAAUCACAGAGGUCAGACGUUUCUUGUAGCUGGCCACCAGGUUUGCACACAUCUCAGGAGGGAUUUUGUCCCACUCUGAAGUUUGGCAACUCAAACCUUCAGCUCCCUCCACAGAUUUUCUAUGGGAUUAAGGUAUGGAGACUGGCUAGGCCACUCCAGGACCUUAAUGUGCUUCUUGAGCCACGCAUUUGUUGCCUUUGCUGUGUGUUUUGGAAUGGAUGGGUGUUUUGGAAUACCCAUCCAUGACCCAUUUUCAAUGCCCAGGAUGAGGGAAGGAGGUUCUCAUCCAAGAUUUGACAGUAAAUGGCACCAUGCAUCAUUCCUUUGAUGCAGUGCAGUUGUCCUGCCCCCUUAGCAGAAAAAACACUCCCAAAGCAUAAUGUUUCCACCUCCAUGUUUGACGGGGGGAUGGUGUUCUUGGUGGUCAUAUUAUUUUUAUUAUUUAUAUAGCGCCAGCAAAUUCCAUAGCACUGUACAAUGGGAGGCAAUGUUAUAGGCAGCAUUCCUCCUCCAAACACUGUGAGUUGAGUUAAUGCCAAUGAGCUCGAUUUUGGUCUCAUCUGACCACAACACUUUCACCCAGUUCUCCUCUGAAUCAUUCAGAUGUUAAUUGUCAAACUUCAGACGGGCCUGUACAUGUGCUUUCUUGAGCAGGGGGACCUUGCGGGCGCUGCAGGAUUUUAGUCCUUCACGGCGUAGUAUGUUACCAAUUGUUUUCUUGGUGACUAUGGUUCCAGCUGCUUGGGAUCAUUAAAAAAAAGUCCUCCUGUUCCUCACCGUUCUCAUGAUGAGACUGACCGUUAUUUUGUGUUUCUUCCAUUUGCGAAUAAUCGCACCAGCUGUUGUCACCUUCUCACCAAGCUGCUUGGUGAUAGUCUUGUAGCCCAUUCCAGCCUUGUGUAGAUCUACAAUCUUGUCCCUGACAUCCUCGGACAGCUCUUUGGUCUUGGCCAUGGUGGAGAGUUUGGAUCUGAUUGGUUGAUUGCUUCUGUGAACAGGUGUCUUUUUAUACAGGUAACGAACAGAGAUUAGGAAUACUCUCUUUUAGAGAGUGCUCCUAAUCUCAGUUUGUUACCUGUAUAAAAGACACCUGGGAGACAGAAAUCUUGCUGAUUUGAUAGGGGAUCAAAUACUUAUUUCACUCAUUGACAUGCAAAUCAAUUUAUAACUUUUUUUGACUUGCAUUUUUCUGAAUUUUUUUUGUUUUGUUUGUUUUGUUAUUCUGUCUCACUGUUAAAAUACACCUACUAUUAAAAUUCUAGACUGAUCCUUUCUUUGUCAGUGGACAAAUGAUCAAAUACUUUUUCCCUUCACUGUAUAAAGGCCCUGUUUCUGUCCGUUGGUGAUCUGCUGAUAUUGGUCUCAAGUCAUGAAUAAGCAAUCAUACAUGUUUCAUGCUAAACCUAGUCAUCCUUAGGAAAUUAUGUCUAGUGCUUAUUCUUGUCCACACAUACUUUUCUUCAUUGACUAGGUUAUUCAUUGAUUAAAUUCAUCUCUAUGAGGAAAUGCUGAUUGGCCAGGGCUGUGUUUGAAUCAUGCUGGCUCUGCCCCUGAUCUGCCUCUUUGUCAGUCUCAGCCAAUCCUAUGGGGAAGCACUGUGAUUGGAUCAGGCUACCAUUUGGGGUUGAGUUUUAGCUACUACAUUAAAUAGAUACAAUCCAGUUUAUAAUUACUGGAAAUUCCAUAAUUGAAUGGUUCAUUUUAGGCAUGGUCCUCUAGACCUACAGAACUAUAAUAAACCUCUUCUGCUAGUAUGUAUGAGCAUGCAACUCCCCACAACCACCAUCAUAGGGUGACAGCUGGUACUCUUUUUAAGGUGCCCAGAUUUGCCCUGGUGCCCGCAUAUUAUGCGAGUUCCAGUUGGGGAGACUUGCAUAUCUCCCCUACCUGGGCCACACUAAGCGGCCUGCUAUGCCUUCUAGAUUUAAAGCAAAGCAGCCGCUUAACAGGCUGUAUUGGCAGCUCCUGUUCCCCUCCUGAACUGCCCCACUGGUAGUAAGUGAUGUCAAAUCACUUCCUCCUGGCAUUAGACGGAUGAUGUGUGGGAAAGAAUAGAGGCCCUGCACAGCCAGCCGACCCAGAGCAAUGUACUAUCCUACUGAACCCCAGGGUAAUUACCCUCAUCCAGGACAAAAUAGGCAAAGAGGUGGGUGGUCACAACAGAGCUCAUUUUGGUAUAAUAUACCCAAUAUUUAUAAUUUUGAAGGCAUAUAUGUCUACCAGUUCUUAUUUAUGUAUAUUUGUGGCAGUGGGCAUCUGUACAGCAAGUGUGUAUCUGGAGGAAUGCCUGAGAAUGGAAACACACGUCUGUGUUAUCUGUUAAUGUGUACAGAUAGGGGAGGGGCCUGAUCAAUGAUUUUUAAACUAUUUUUGUUUCAAGUAGCCAAAGGAGCUCUAAAGGCAACCCCAAGCAAUUAAAAACUGAAGAAGACAUCAGCACAUCAAAUAUUAAGUGUUACAACUCAGAUUCCUUAUAUUAUGUUAAAUGCUUACUGUUAUUGUUUUUAUUAUGUUGAGCAUAGUUUCAGAGAGAGAGAGACUUGUUUGCUGGGUGCUUGCAUGUGCCAGAGUUCUAACUGUUUAACCCCUUAAAGGGACUCUCCAGUGUUUUCCUGGCACUGCAGGUUCCCUCUCCCUCCCACCUCCCAAUCCCCGGUUGCUGAAGGGAUGAAAACCCCUUAGUCACUUACCUGAGAUCCCCGCCGAUGUCCCUCGGUGGUGGUUUCGGGUCGCCGCAGCUCCUCCUCUUCAUUACGUCGGCCGGUGGACGAGACUGAUCCUGCAUUAGAGCUCUCCAUAGGAAAGCAUUGAAAAGCAUUUUCAAUGCUUUCCUAUGGAGAAUUGAGCGACGCUGGAGGUCCUCACACAGCGUGAGGACGUCCAGCAACGCUCUAGCACAGGUGUUCUGUGCUAUGGACCAGGAAGUGCCCUCUAGUGUCUGUCUACUAGACAGCCACUAGAGGUGGAGUUAACUCUGCAAGGUAAUUAUUGCAGUUUUAUAAAAAAAAGCUGCAAUAAUUACACUUGCAGGGUUAAGGGUGGUGGGAGUUGGAACCCAGAUCACUCUAAUGGGCAGAAGUGGUCUGGGUGCCUGAAGUGUCCCUUUAAAAAAACGGACUGUUUUUGCAAUGUAUAUUUGCGACCAAGCCUCUUUACACUUUUGUGGUGUUUAGCUGUAAUUUUCCAGUCUCUCAUUUACUGUUCACAUACAAAUUAUAUAUUGGGUUUUUUUCAGGACAAAAAGGGCUUUCUUAACAUACCAUUAUUUAUAUAAUCUCAUUUAAUAAAAAAAAAAAUAUGAUGCAAAAUUGAAAAAAAUACAUGUUUUUUGACUUUUACUUGAAAAAUCUUUUACUCAUCUACAAAAGCUAAUGAAAAAAAACUGCUAAAUAGAAUUGAAAUUUUGUCCUGAGUUUAAAAAUACCCAGUGUUUACAUGCUUUUUUUGCUUUUUUUUUUUUUGUUUUUGCAAGUUAUAGGGCUAUAAGUACAAGUAGGAUAUUGCUGUUUCAAAACAUACAUUUUUAAAAUGUAUCAAUAGUGACAUUGAAACAUUAUUAUCUGUCAUAUAUCUCUGGAAAACACCCCACACGUGUAUAAAUUUUUUUUAAAGUAGACAACCCAGGGUAUUCAUCUAAGGAUAUUUUGACACUUUCUAUGCAGCCAUUUUACCACCAGUCUUUGCCAAACUAUAGGUAUUUUUUUUCACUUACAUUGCAAUUCAGGUAUAAACUCACAGAUUCUGUUAUGUGUUGCUGCCAAAAAACACACUAACAUAUGUUCAGCAACAUCUCCCGAGUACAGUGAUACCACCCAUGCAUAGGCUUGUCGAGUUGUUUGGGGACUAAAAGGCCACAUUUGGCAUAUCCAUUUUCCAACUUGGAAUUUUGACAUGUAGUCAACCUGCGCACAUGUCCUAUUAGGGACAUUUGUAAGGCCGUCCAAUGUAUUUUACCCCCACCAAACCAUAUAUUUUUGGAAAGUAAACACCCUAGGGCAGGGGUAGGCAACCUACGGCACUAGUGCCAUGCACGGCACUUAAGGUGUCUUUGCACGGCACUCAAGGCAGCUAGAGCCAAACAGGCUCAGGCCUAUCAGGAGUCCCAGUUAUACUUCAGAUAUCUGCUAAUUCGAAAAGGUGGUGAAGGACAAUCCUCAAUUUAUGCAUUGCAGCAUGUAGAGGAAGUGAUCUCAAAUAACAAUCUCAUAUCACUUCCUCCCAGCUCUUGUAAAUGGGAAUCCACACAGUAGUAGAGCAGCAGGCAGCUGCUGUUGUAGCUCCUUCCCUUGACCUGUGCCUGGCCCCCACUGGAACCCAGGGAAGCCACCCACAUUGCUAGAUAUACACAGAAAUGCACAAUAACCCUCCCCUCAUACAAAUAAUACGAACAGCCCACACACAAUCUGCACAAACGUAACCCGCUCACAAUCCACAUACAUGCACACAACCCCACAUGCAGCCUCUCACAUGCAAUACCCCAAACAGCCCCCACACAUACACACACUACCAAACACACAUAUGACACAUCCAUCCACACUGACAAUUCCACAAGCAGCCCCCAUACACAGCCCACAUUCAUAUGUAUCAUACAUGAUACCACAAACUACUCCUGAACAUGUACAAUAUAACAGCUCAUAUAUGCACAAAUACAAUGAAACAAAGCAACUGCAGUAAAAAUAACACAAGCAGAAUACGACAACAUACACACCUCAAUUAAAAAAAAAAAAAAAAUAGGACCGGCACGCUACGGGACAUCACAAUCCUAUAUCGGCACAGUGCUGCUAAAAGGUUGACUAGCCCUGCCCUAGGGUACACUUUCCAUGCACUAAUUCUACCACCAGACUCUCUUUGUCAAACUUUUAGGUAGUCAUUUUUUGUGGGGGGUUUUUUUUGGGAGGGGGGGGAGGGGGAAAUAUAGGAAAUAUUUAAAACUUUGAUGUCAAACUUUUAUGUCAUUCUUAUACAUUUUAAUAUAUUUUGGAUUACACUUUACGAUAUUGUGCAACAAUUUUGGACAUUUGGGUUGAAAUGCCCUCAGUAUAAUUCUAUAUGUUAUGCAAAGUUGAGAGGACCGAUUUAGCACACAUGUUGAAAUUGAAAGUGUAUGCCUUUAAAGAUUUUGAAUCCGUUUGCCCGGUAAAGUAUAAAACCGCCAGCAAUGGACAUAGCACCUAUCUUGAAAAAGUCCUCACUAGUAGGACGAAACGCGUUGAUGAGGUGCUAGGGGGACUUUGCUGCAUAUCCCCUGUGGAUUAAGCUCGAGGAAGAAGCCGUUUUUAUCUACAGCAGUUCCCCACAGAAACAUCUUCGGACAACUCACCUGAGUGCACGAGGUGGAUGCUGUCUGCUUUGGGAAACCGGACAAUCUGUCGGGACUACAAGAACCAGCAGCCGCAAAGAUUCUCCCACAUGGUCCUUAGGAAUAAGUACCAUUUCUUUUACAUUGUGAGAAUUCCUAUUUGGGGGGGAUUUUUUUGUUACACUGGGGUAAUAAAUGUUGUAGAGUUACACUAUAUCUCUUUCUUUUUUUUUGCCUUAGGAAUCUUCAAAUACCCUUCUGGGUUUCCAUUUACCAUUACAGAUUUUGGACUCUCCCCCAUAGGAUCUUACAUGACUUUUGGACUUUUCAGAGACAUAUUUUCAUACAUUUUUAUCUGUAUUUUUAGUCUCUUACUAUAGCUCUUUGAUGUAGAAUUUAGAUUUUUAUCGCUACAUUAUUUUUAUACAGGGAGUGCAGAAUUAUUAGGCAAGUUGUAUUUUUGAGGAUUAAUUUUAUUAUUGAACAACAACCAUGUUCUCAAUGAACCCAAAAAACUCAUUAAUAUCAAAGCUGAAUAUUUUUGGAAGUAGUUUUUAGUUUGUUUUUAGUUAUAGCUAUGUUAGGGGGAUAUCUGUGUGUGCAGGUGACUAUUACUGUGCAUAAUUAUUAGGCAACUUAACAAAAAACAAAUAUAUACCCAUUUCAAUUAUUUAUUAUUACCAGUGAAACCAAUAUAACAUCUCAACAUUCACAAAUAUACAUUUCUGACAUUCAAAAACAAAACAAAAACAAAUCAGUGACCAAUAUAGCCACCUUUCUUUGCAAGGACACUCAAAAGCCUGCCAUCCAUGGAUUCUGUCAGUGUUUUGAUCUGUUCACCAUCAACAUUGCGUGCAGCAGCAACCACAGCCUCCCAGACACUGUUCAGAGAGGUGUACUGUUUUCCCUCCUUGUAAAUCUCACAUUUGAUGAUGGACCACAGGUUCUCAAUGGGGUUCAGAUCAGGUGAACAAGGAGGCCAUGUCAUUAGAUUUUCUUCUUUUAUACCCUUUCUUGCCAGCCACGCUGUGGAGUACUUGGACGCGUGUGAUGGAGCAUUGUCCUGCAUGAAAAUCAUGUUUUUCUUGAAGGAUGCAGACUUCUUCCUGUACCACUGCUUGAAGAAGGUGUCUUCCAGGAACUGGCAGUAGGACUGGGAGUUGAGCUUGACUCCAUCCUCAACCCGAAAAGGCCCCACAAGCUCAUCUUUGAUGAUACCAGCCCAAACCAGUACUCCACCUCCACCUUGCUGGCGUCUGAGUCGGACUGGAGCUCUCUGCCCUUUACCAAUCCAGCCACGGGCCCAUCCAUCUGGCCCAUCAAGACUCACUCUCAUUUCAUCAGUCCAUAAAACCUUAGAAAAAUCAGUCUUGAGAUAUUUCUUGGCCCAGUCUUGACGUUUCAGCUUGUGUGUCUUGUUCAGUGGUGGUCGUCUUUCAGCCUUUCUUACCUUGGCCAUGUCUCUGAGUAUUGCACACCUUGUGCUUUUGGGCACUCCAGUGAUGUUGCAGCUCUGAAAUAUGGCCAAACUGGUGGCAAGUGGCAUCGUGGCAGCUGCACGCUUGACUUUUCUCAGUUCAUGGGCAGUUAUUUUGCGCCUUGGUUUUUCCACACGCUUCUUGCGACCCUGUUGACUAUUUUGAAUGAAACGCUUGAUUGUUCGAUGAUCACGCUUCAGAAGCUUUGCAAUUUUAAGAGUACUGCAUCCCUCUGCAAGAUAUCUCACUAUUUUUGACUUUUCUGAGCCUGUCAAGUCCUUCUUUUGACCCAUUUUGCCAAAGGAAAGGAAGUUGCCUAAUAAUUAUGCACACCUGAUAUAGGGUGUUGAUGUCAUUAGACCACACCCCUUCUCAUUACAGAGAUGCACAUCACCUAAUAUGCUUAAUUGGUAGUAGGCUUUCGAGCCUAUACAGCUUGGAGUAAGACAACAUGCAUAAAGAGGAUGAUGUGGUCAAAAUACUCAUUUGCCUAAUAAUUCUGCACUCCCUGUAUAUAUAUGCACCCUUGUUAUAAUUUAAUUGGAUUAUCAUCUAAGCGCUGACAACAUUUUUAGUAUUUUGAUAUAUAUGUAUGCUUGGCCUAUCAGUUUGGUAUAUUUUUGCAUCUCCAGUUAAUGUUAUCAUCAUGAAAGUUUAUAUUCACAUCCUUCCCCUAACCAUUGUGCUAAACAAAUUUCAGAGAACGUGCAUGGUGGUAAUUUUUGAAUUCUGCUUUUUAUGCACAUGUCAUCUGGUUUUGGCCAGCAAGUUAUAUGUUACUGCCAUAAAACUAUUUUAACCAAAUGUGCAGGUAUCAAAUGCACCUUUAGCAGCAUUCUUUAAACUAACUCCUGCAAAAAAAAAAUCUAACUGGAGAUUUGGGGGAAGGAAACUGACUGACUAAAAUUAGCUGCUUUCAAAAGAAAAAAAAAACAGUGCAAAGGGGUAUAUGUCCUUUUCCCUUUUUUAUAACAGACCCGGCAACGUUUCAGGGGAUUUGUGUUUUUUUUUGCAGUUGGUGGUAACUUAAAAAUAGUUGUUGGAACUUGAGAAUCUCCAUAAAUUAUUGUGGAAAUCAGCUUGAACUGAAAUUGGAGAAAGGUGGUUCUUUUUGGAUUUUUUAAAGAGUAAAAAUGAAUUAUGUGUUGCUACUUGCAACAGGUAGCCACCUUUUUAUACCAGGCUUUUGUCUUUCUUAAGAUAAGAUAUGGCUGCAUCAGCUGAUCAGCCAAAUCAAAACCCCCAUGUGGCUGUUAGAAGCCCUGAUGCAAACAGGUUUGGUCUGUACCCUGCCUCGGACAGUCACGUCUGACAUGCUUUCGUCAUGGAUGGUUGUUAGCAUGUGAACAUCCUUCCUGUCCUUAAAUUUUAGCGCAAGCAGUUCAGCUUUGCGCAGAGCUUUGCAUUCACCUUUUUUUAAUUUGGCCUCAAUGUGAGGUCUGGGGAAAUCCUUGGCAGGCCAGUGUCUGCAAAUGAUAAAGAAUUUUAAACAAGUGGACAUGCUGUAAAAAUUGUCCACAUAUAGGUGGUAACCCUUAUUGAACAAGGGGAUCAGUAGGUCCCAAACAAGUUUCCCACUUGUCCCCAGAGAGUCAGGACAGCCAGGAGGGUUCAGUUGACCAUCUUUCCCCUCAUAUACACGAAAGGCAAAUGUGUAGCCACUUUCGCUCUCGCACAAAAAAAGACCGUCUUUGUUAUUUGUGCCGUUAGGGUACAUUGCAGACAACUGUUACCGGUAUUGACCCCUGCCCAAGCAGUUCCAUUGCCUUGAUCGCCCCAUGACUACAGAGAACAUCACUUUUUCUACUACCCAAACAAAAUUAGCACAGAAAUGCAUUUACUUUCAUGAAUAGGAUACAGAAAAGGCAUAUGGAGUGGUCACUGUACGUAGGCCCACCAGUAUAAUAGAUGGCGGCACUGCCAGGAUGUAAACAUUAAUGGGCAUACUGUGCAAGGCCUUAGAGACUCUGAAGCUACCCUUACCCUUGUGAAGUCUCGUUGUGUGCGCCUCAAUCCCCUCUUAGAUAAAAACAAACAACUGCCAGGUGUAAGGAAAACUGCAACAUGCGUUACCAAUGGCCAAGGUACACUUUGAUUGGGGCAAAGACCAGGGUUACUAUGAAGUUGGGAAAAUGGACCAGAUUCCAGACGAGUUACUCUUAGGUAACCACCUUGGGACACUCUCCAGCCAGUAUCUACUCAAGGAAGUAUCCCUGAUGGCUCGCUGCCAGACUCUCCAACCAUAGGUUGGUGGCACCUGACCAUCAGACACCAACCAUCCAGUUUCAGAGGUCCCAUCUUUGCCAAUUGGUUUUGCACCUGAGGCAUUAAGAGAUGUAAGCGAGGAUUCCCCUCCACUGACUUGGCCUCAAUGCUUUGACUUUAGACAGUUUGUUAGGGCUGACCCAUCCUUAGCUUCCUUGUGCAUCCACACAGACUCCGGUGAUCAGGGAGAAUGGAAUGCUAUAUAGACUUCACAGUGCCAGAUAGGCGCGACCACACUAGAUUUAACCCCAGACAGAAAUUUGCCAAAUGGUGGAUGCUGAUCCUGUCUGCUUCCCACAAGGCUCGAAAUCCAUGUGGCCUUAAGACUGCUGCUGCACUACAUUGAUGUCCAUCGUGUCCAUUGAUGAUUAGGAGAGUACUCUACCGAGGAAAAUGUGUUUGUUUGCAUCACUGUUCUGGCAUCUAGUAGUGUAGCAGGCUUUGUUUGUGUGCUGUUCUAACAAAGAUGGUUUAAGUAAAGGCUCCCUUGUGCCUAAAGUGUUAUACUCUGUAUCCUCCCAUUCCUCUGGGUUAGGCUUUUGUGGAAUGUCAUAUGACCUGUAAAAUCUGUCUCCUAUAUCACAGCACACAGUCAACCUGCUGUGUUGUAGCCUGUUUACUGGUCAGGGAGAUAUUUAGAUCUUGUCUAUCAUGGAAUCAAAUGAUCUCUGCCAGGAAUCAGUUCUCUGUCACCAUGACGAUCUGGCACCUUUCAUUUUUUUUUAUUUUUUUUAUUUUUUUAGCUGUAUUAUGUAGUUUCAUAUUUGCAUGAUAUGACGUGUUAUCUCUUCCCAUUUCACUUGCACCCAGCAGCCACCCUGUGGCAUUCACCCAAAGGUGGCAAGACUGGCUGUUAAAAAUAGAAGUAGGAUUGAAUUAAUUAUCAUGUAAUGAAAGGCCGUUUUAUUACAUUUUACAAUUAUGGAUUUGGAGUGGGGGAGAGAGUGUGUUUAUGCAUGUCUUACCAUAAGAGCUGUCCGAUCACUCUUAGUGCUAGUCUCCUGGCUAGUGUAGUAGGAAGCCUGCACUUGUUCUGCCACCUUAACCCCUUAAAGGACCACUCUAGGCACCCAGACCACUUCAGCUUAAUUAAGUGGUCUGGGUGCCAGGUCCAGCUAGGGUUAACCCAUUUUUUUUUAAUAAACUUAGCAGUUUCAGAGAAACUGCUAUGUUUAUAAAUGGGUUAAUCCUUCCUCCAAUUCCUCUAGCGGCUGUAUAUGUAUAUAUACACACACUAAUUUAAUACAUAUUCUAAGAUUCCAGAAGUAUCAAAAGGAUAAUGUAGUAAUCCGUUUUACAGGCUUCCAGGACUUCCAAAAAAAAAAAAAGUUCAUAUAAUUAAAGGGACACUAUAGUCACCAGAACAACUACAGCUUAUUGUAUUUGUUCUGGUGAGUAGAAUCAUUCCCUUCCGGCUUUUUGCUGUAAACACUGUCUUUUCAGAGAAAAAGCAGUGUUUACAUUACAGCCUAGUGAUAACUCCACUGGCCACUCCUCAAAUGGCUGCUAGAGGUGAUUCCUUGGGCAGUCUUGCCUACUGUGCAUCACAACAUACAGUGUCUCCACCCUCUGCAUGCAGACACUGAACUUUCCUCAUAGAGAUGCAUUAAUUCAAUUCAUCUCUAUGAGGAGAUGCUGAUUGGCAAGGUUUGUGUUUGGCUAGUGCUGCCUCUGCCACUGAUCUGCCUCCUCUGCCUUGAUCUGCCUCCCUAUGGGGACGCAUUGUGAUUGACUCAGACCACCACUUCUGAUGAUGUCAGAGGCAGCGUCUCCAGGCUGGAAUAAAAGUAACAUUUUACUAUAUUUAAGGAGGCAAGGCAGGGCCAGGGGGGUUAGAUGGUGGUUUUAACACUAUAGGGUUAGGAAUACAUGGUUUUUGUUCCUGACCCUAUAGUGUUCCUUUAAAUAUAAUAAAAAUAGAAUUAAACCAAUGUUUAGGCUAAGGCAUUUUUUCGGCCUUCUAUUUCCUACAAGAAGUGGGGACAAUAUUAAAAAUGGCAAUCUUGACCUAAGAGUUUUUGGCAAUCCAUAAAAGAUGUGAUUUUGCUUAGAGAUGUAAACCUGCCUCUACAGGUAAAACCUGAUUUUCAAGGGGGGAGGGGGAUAAAUAUAAAUAAUUUUGAUUACAACUGUAUUUAUAAUGCUGUUGUUUUGAGGCUCUCUUUGCCCCUCCCUUAUACCUGUAAAUGAAAAGGUAACUUACCUGUAAUCCAGUGGAAAAGUAUCCUUCACAGCUCUAUUUAACAUCGGGAAGAUUAUACUUACUGAUGAUCUUUUUGUCAAAAGAAUGGUUUUCAUAUAGAAGGAUUGGGAUGUAGAACACAUGGUGCUUCUAAGGUUACACUGAAAUGAUUCUUUAAAGGGACACUCUAAUCACUGAAACAAAAUUUGCUUUAUUAAGUGGUUUUGGUGUAUAGAUCUCACCCCUGCAGUCUCACUGAUAAAUUUCCUGUCAUACAGAUGUUAAUUUAUUUUGUUUAUGCAGCCCUAGCCCCACCUCCCCUGGCUGAGACUCUCACAGCCUCCCUAAACGCUUCCUGUAACAUUUUCGAGUUUCCUUUAUUAAACAAUAUCCUUAAUUUAGAAUUUAUCUUGUUCUUUAAAGGGACACUGUAGGCACUAUGAUUUAAUCUCAUUUAAUUGGUUAUAGUAUGUGGAGACCCCUAGCACUGUCUUUCCAUUCCAUAUAAAUCCAUUUUCAAACAAUGUAAAACUAAAUAACGGUCCAUGACCAACCACAGCUAGUCCCCUACUGCAGGUAUAGCUAAGACAGAGAAUACACACUUCCUUCUAGCCAUACAAAUUCAUAUCAAGAAUGGGUGUUAUGUCAGGCUUAAAUCCAUCAGCUAACACACUUAACCGAUGACAGCCUUAUAUUGUUGCUCAGGCUAAUGCUUCCACAGAGAGGAUGGGCUGCUGAGGACCUAGCAUUAAAAUAUUAAAAAUAGUUUAAAACUGAAUGGAAGGACAGCAUAAGGGGGACCAUUACAACAUUUUUCUGUUUUUGGAUAUAUGACACCUUACAAUUCUAAUAUUUAAUAUUGUAAGUACAACAAUAGUGAAUAUUAUAUUCAAACAUCCUAAUUAUAGAUAACAAUAUAAGAAUAAAAAGAAAAGUCUUAGCUCGGGUAAGACCCUAUAAGGACAAAGUCUAGUUAUGUAGAACUGGAGUCCAGUGGAAAUGUCUGAAGUUAGGGAAUGGUGGUUGUUGCACUUCUCAAAUAUCCAUAUAGAUAGAAAAGGGCGAUAAAAGGUGAGAGAACGGUGCAAUAUGUUCCUCAAAGUGCAGGCAUAUUUGUAAAGUAGUAAGGUUACACUGAAAUUUAACAGAUCAUAAGUCAGCUCUGUUAUGUAUGGCAUACAGCGGUAUAAUCCCUGCUUAUGGGCUAUAUGGUGAGUGUCUUUUUGCAAGUUGUGAUAUCAGGGACCCAAAUAAGGGUCGAUAAGAAAUGGAAACAGAUAAAUGGUGCAGUAUGUUCCACAGUGGAUAAUUUAAAACAAUAAAAUAUAAGGGUUACACUCACAUUGAGUAGAGCUUAAGCCAGCUCUGGUGUGAUAAGCGUUCAGCGGUACAAUCCUCACUUAUGGGAUAUAUGGUGAGUGUUCUUAAAGAUGGUGGUGUCAGGAACCCAAAAAGAAAACCAUUAAAAAAAAAAAAAAGCAAUAGUGCUCUCAAUAAAAUAUUUGUAAUCAAUAAAAUGUGAUAAAAUAUACUCAUAAAGGAUAGAGCAGGCUCACUGCUCUAUGACAACAACAUCGGUGAUAUGAUCCCCACCUGGGAUUCUUUAGAGAAUGCAGAAAUAGUAGUUGGUGCCAGGUGGUAGUUAAAAGGUUGAAUAAUAAAAGAUGACGGUACAAGUGGAAUAAAAUAACCAAAAUCUAUUUUAUUAAGGAUUAAAAAAGCAGUAAAAUACAUCCAAACGCGUUUCGCCUACAGGCUUUUUACUCUAUUGAAAAGCCUGUAGUCGAAACGCGUUUGGAUGUAUUUUACUGCUUUUUAAAAUACAUCCAAAUCCAUUUAGUCUACAAACAAUAUUAAUAUAAUGGCGCUGCUCACUUGUGGAAGGUUAAAGACUGGGAGCUAAAUAUGGCUUAAAAUUCCUUGCUUUAUUAUAAAUAACUUUAAGUCUCUUUGGUAAAACAGUCCGUAGUAUUUUAUUUUGUAGCAAGACUGGCCAACAUUUCUGGAGUGCUUUCUCAAACUAAUAAAAUUUAUUUCUUUGUGUUCUAAAGGCAAAAUUAAAAUCAACCUUAUUUGCAUAAUUAAUUAUACCAUCCUAAACUUCUUGUCGUUUCCUCUGAUUUAAAAUCAGAUGACUAGUUUCCCAUAUUAUAUCUCACUGGUAGUCUUUUUCAAUAAGUCUAUCCUCCUAAGAAUUUCAUUUCUAAAACAGUUCCUGCCAAUUUUGGCAAAUUAACUUUUAGGGAUGUUUUUAAGCCAGCUUCUAUGGUGACUGCUAUUAAAAUGAAUAUAACAAUUUUUAUCUGUGGGGUUAAAAUAGGUUUUACCUAAACGUUGCCCAUCUUGCAUUCAUUUUCUAGAUAUUUCCCUUUCUGUACAUGUGUCCUGCAUCUCAGGGACAAACUUAAGUCCAAAAUCGUUGUUGUUAAUGAAUACUAAAAAUUUAGAUAUGCUUGCCUUUGGUCCAUCCCAAAUGAUGAUGAUGUCAUUGAAGAAGCUUUUCCAGAGAACCAGAUUUGUACUCCACCCAUGCUUAACCCAAAUGUGGUUGGCUUCUCAUAUUGCCUUUAAAUAGGUUAGCAUAACUGAGGGGCAAAUCCAGUUCCCAUAGCUGUAACACGUCUGCAAAUAAAAUUGUUAUGGAAUUAAAAAUAACUAUGAGUGAGAAUAAAAGAAAUGCAGUCCAAAAUAAAAGCUGCCUGAUGGCCAUCCAGAUGUGCAUUUCUAUUACGUACUAUCUUGCACAUAUUCCUUUUCCAUGGCCUAUGAAUGUAAACAAGGAAAACACAUCAUGCUGGCUCCACCUCCAAGAGUUUUGUAUCUUUCCAUUAUAUGUCCAUGAUCAUAUUAAGUAUAUGACCAGUAUCCUUUAUUUUUAUUAUUAUUUUUUAAUAAUAUAUUAAAAAAAAAUUUGUGUGCAAAUUAUACAAAUAUACAAACAUUACAAACGAAGUAAUAACAAUCAUAUAUUAUAAAACAUUAAGUUAUUAAUUACAUCAGGGCUUGAAGAAUUGUUCUGAAGUCUAUAUCCUGUCCCUGAAUGCGUUUCAAUGUAAACAUUGACUUUUCAGACAUAAGGCAGUGUUUACAUUGCUGCCUGGUAAAACCUCUAGCGACAGUCACUCCGAUGGCCUCUAGAGGUGCUUCCUGGGUCAGUGCCUCACAAUGUGCAGCACCUACAAUAAUGUUCCCUAUAGAGAUGCAUUGAUUCAAUGCACCUCUAUGAGAAGUUAAAUUGGCGCAGUGGCAUUUGGCCGUGCAUGCGCAAUAGUCUUCCAAUGCUUUCCUAUGGGGAUGCAUUGGAUUGGCUGAGAUCGUCAAGAUUGAUAAUCUCAGCCAUGGAGGUGGGGCCAGCUGCAGCGUCAUCAGCACGGCGUGGGGAAAAAAGGUGAGUAAAAACACUCACAGACAAACACAAACAUACAUUUACUGAGAUACAGACACACUUACUCUCAAGUAGUUACUUCUUUAAAUCCACCCAGCCUCCUUACUUCUGGAGAGCUGGAGUGGAUAGGUAUUCCCUGAGGUCCAGUGGGUCUGCUGUCAUCUUUCUACUCAGCUCCCUCUAGCGCACUGUUUAGUGGGCCGGAGUGACGUCAUAACCUGACUCCCGGCAUCACUGCAAGCAGCGCGAGGGAGGUGAGUAGGGAGAUUACAGCUCCCUCGCUGCGGCAUUAAGUCGUCUGGCCGCCCGCCUCCCUCUGCAUUCCAUUACCCGGAUGCCCCCUCCAUCAACCGUCAGCCUCCCUCAGCUCUCCAUAGGCUAGCCGCCCCCCUCCCUCAGCAAUACAUGAGCCGGCCGCCCCACUCCCUCUGUCAGCCGCCUGCCUUCCACCCUCUCACAGCUCUCCAUGAGCCAGUCUACCUCCCUUACUUGUCAAUGAGCAGGCCGCAAGGCCGGCCGCCUAUAUCCAUCAGCAGCCUGCCUCAGCCCUCUGUGAUCCGACUGCUCUCAGGCAGCCGGUCACCUCUGGGGCUGAACAGGCUCACAAAUCCCAGGUGCCAGGACAAAUUUCUGGGUCGCCAUGGCGACCUGGCGCCUGGGAUUUGUCAAGCCCUGCAUUACAUUGUUGUAAAAACUGGUAUAAUCAAUCUCAUUUACAAACUACACACAAAUACUACAAACAAACUUGCAUUUUGAAGUAUAAGAGCAGCAUGGAUGGAACAAAUCGAUUUGUUUUUGGCACUAUCCCAUAGGGGGUCCUUCUUUGGAGAUAAAAUUAAACAGGGGUCCAUAUCUUAUUUUACAGUGGCAUAUGUUUAUUCAUCAUAUAAAAAUAUCUUUCCAUUUUGCCUUGAUAGGAGAUUUGGCAGAUGAACUCUGCCCAUGAAGGGAAAUUAGGUUUUCGCCAUGCUCUUGCAAUAUUUAAUUUAACAGUAAGCAGUAUAUUGAUAACUAGAAUAAUGGUGCUUUUAUUUUCUUUAGAAAGUCCUAAGUGAAAGUGCCUGAUACUUGGGUUUAAAGAAAUAUUAAAAAAAAAAAAAUAAUUGUAAACAAUGUAUUUCUUUCAUGUUUAAAUUCCUGCAGUUUUGUGCACUCCUACCAAACAUGAAGAACGGUACCUCUCUCUAGGUUACAUCUCCAGCAUUGGUCCGAUACAUUUCUAUCGAACUUGGCGAUACGGGAGGGAACUAAAUACCAUCUAUGGACUUAUUUCAAAUAUGUUUCUUGCAGCGUAAUGGAAUGAAAGCUUUUCCUAAGGUCCAUUCUUUAUGCCAACUCCAGUAUGCUUCUAUAUAUGAUUUAGUUAACGGAACAUAUUUUUGCAGAUAAAAGUCCACAUACUGGAACAAAUUUGCUGGAAGAAUACCAAGUCCACUUGGAAUCAGCAUGCCUGGGUUUUUUCUAAGGAUAUAUGUACUUUUGGCAAAUAGUAAAAAUAGCAAACCUAAGGUGCUCUUUUAAACAAAAAAUUAAACUGCCUUAUUUAGAAUCUUUAGAUCCCGAUUCUUUCUCACUAGGUUCAGUAAUUUAUUUUUAAAUUCAUUGAUGGGAUCUUUAUGUAAAUUGCAAUAUGUAGGAGUCUCAAAGCUUCCUCAAUAUAGUUCUCUCGAUAUAUGACCACUGCUGCCCCCUCUUUAGCCGCUGCCUUAAAAACAAUGUCCAGUCUCUGACACAGUCUUUUAAAGGCCAUCCUUUCAUCCUGAUUAAAAUUAUACUCUCACAUUUUUUUAUGUUUAAUUAUCUCAAACUCUCGUAAAUCACAUCUGUAAAAAGCUGUAAACAUUCCCCAUUAUCUUGAACAUAAUUAUAUUUAGGUUUAAAAUUCGUGAACUUUUUUCAUUAUUUUUGUAUCAUUUAUAAAAAAUAUGUGGUGUGGUUUUAAUGCAGCAAUAUGAUUUGUAGUCUAUCCCAUUUUGUUUUAUUAUUUGGGGAUCCAGCAAUUACUUUUUCUAUUUUGUAUAUUUGUAAUGAGUUGUAUGCUUGUAACAAAUUGUAUCCCAUUUCCGUGUGGGAAAUAACUAUUUCUCUGGAUCAUGUGAGAUUUUUUGCCUUUACUUGCACAUACACUACCUUUUUGGUCGCUGAUAUGGAUCCCGUUUGUGGAUUCUGUGCAAGUCCAUGUGUGCACUGGAGAGUAGAUCAAGACUGAUUGGAGGCAUAUUUAUUGGCAGAGAGUUAGAAAUGGAUUCAAGCUCUCCUUGACAAAGUAUAUAUUGACAAAACAGGUAGGAGCUACCCAAACACCGACUGGGGAUAAGGGGCCAUGCUACAAAAGAUACCUCUCCUUCGACACCAGGGAUCCAGAGUCUACUUUGGGACAGGAUAUUGGACAUGGUGAUCAUUGGAGUGGGUCCCCAGGAUCAUUUUGUGGCUUUUCUGUGCUGUUUUAUCUGCAGCGUUGUCUGUUAGUAAGUGUAUAGCAUUUCAAGCUGUAUAUAUUUGUGUUACGGUUUUACAUUAUGUAUAUUUUUAAGUGAUUAAAGACUGUGAAGAUUGAUUUAUAAAAGCACUUACUGAUCCAUAUAGUAUUCCAUUUUUAUGGGCAUGUUUUUUUCAUUUGGUGAUCUAUAAUUGGGGUGUUUGAAUAUACUUCUUGUAUUUACAACACUGUUCUGUUUUUUGGAUAUAUGAUCCUUUCCUCCCACACAAUUUUAUAUAUAUAUAUAUAUAUAUAUAUAUAUAUAUAUAUAUAUAUAUAUAUAUAUAUAUAUAUAUAUAUAUAUAUAUAUAUCUAUCUCCAAUAUUCUGUUGUCUUUUUUUUAUGGUGCUCAAGUGUUAACAAGUGUGUUGGUGGUACUUUAGGUUAUCACUAUUAUACUUGUUGUUGGUUUUUUUUUGGGGGGGGGGUUUGUGUGCUCAGUUUAGCAAGUUGACAUACGGUGCCACAACAGCAUACGUAAUCACAGUAAUGUCACAGAUUUACACACAUGUGGCAUUGAGAUAAAGGCACAUUUUUUUUAAAGUUUAAGUGUAGUAAAGAUAGACAGUUAUACUUGCAUUGCCACGACAUCAGAGUCAAGCGUGAAACACAAAAUAAUAGUCCUGAACUAGGCACGUUAUAAUUCUGCACAUUUUUUGUUUUUUAAACUAGGACGUAAACAGGCUAAGCAAACAUGACUAGAUGCUUGUGUUGCUGAUAAACGAUAGGUAUUAAUUGGGGACACGUUUUGAUGAGGAAUACAGUAAAGUAUAUCGCCACAGAUAGCACCUGAGUAACACAUUAUAUAAUUAAUUGUAAAACAAGCUUAUAGGACAGGAGUAUGAGAUAAGAAAGGAAUAUAACCAAUAGAUUGUCAGGUAAUUGCUUUUAUCAGAUUGAGUUGUAAGGUUACAGGCUAUCUAUAAACAUGCCUAACUGUUAGUUUGGUGUCAUAAUAUCUAGAGUUAUGAAGAAAAACGCAACUAAAAAUGCUGGAUCUGAGGAGUGUUUUAGGGAUGUUAUACAGUUGCAAGAAAAAGUAUGUGAACCCUUUGGAAUGAUAUGGAUUUCUGCACAAAUUGGUCAUAAAAUGUGAUCUGAUCGUCAUCUAAGUCACAACAAUAGACAAUCACAGUCUGCUUAAACUAAUAAUACACAAAGAAUGAAAUGUUGCCAUGUUUUUAUUGAACACACCAUGUAAACAUUCACAGUGCAGGUGGAAAAAGUAUGUGAACCCCUAGACUAAUGACAUCUCCAAGAGCUAAUUGGAAUGACAUGUCAGCCAACUGGAGUCCAAUCAAUGAGAUGAGAUUGGAGGUAUUGGUUACAGCUGCCCUGCACUAUAAAAAAGCACACACCAGUUCUGGGUUUGCUUUUCACAAGAAGCAUUGCCUGAUGUGAAUGAUGCCUCGCACAAAAGAGCCCUCAGAAGACCUAAGAUUAAGAAUUGUUGACUUGCAUAAAGCUGGAAAGGGUUAUAAAAGUAUCUCCAAAAGCCUUGCUGUUCAUCAGUCCACGGUAAGACAAAUUGUCUAUAAAUGGAGAAAGUUCAGCACUGCUGCUACUCUCCCUAGGAGUGGCCGUCCUGUAAAGAUGACUGCAAGAGCACAGUGCAGACUGCUCAAUGAGGUGAAGAAGAAUCCUAGAGUGUCAGCUAAAGACUUACAAAAGUCACUGGAAAAUGCUAACAUCCCUGUUAGCGAAUCUACAAUACGUAAAACACUAAACAAGAAUGGAUUUCAUGGGAGGAUACCACAGAGGAAGCCACUGCUGUUCAAACAAAACAUUGCUGCACGUUUACAGUUUGCACAAGAGCACCUGGAUGUUCCACAGCAGCACUGGCAAAAUAUUCUGUGGACAGAUGAAACCAAAGUUGAGUUGUUUGGAAGAAACACACAACACAAUGUGUGGCAAAAAAAGGCACAGCACACCAACAUCAAAACCUCAUCCCAACUGUGAAAUAUGGUGAUGGGGGCAUCAUGGUCUGGGGCUGCUUUGCUGCGUUAGGGCCUGGACGGAUUGCUAUCAUUGAAGGAAAAAUGAAUUCCCAAGUUUAUCAAGACAUUUUGCAGGAGAACUUAAGGCCAUCUGUUUACCAGCUGAAGCUCAACAGAAGAUGGAUGUUGCAACAGGACAAUGACCCAAAGCAUAGAAGUAAAUCAACAACAGAAUGGCUUAAACAGAAGAAAAUACGCCUUCUGAAGUGGCCUAGUCAGAGUCCUGACCUCAACCUGAUUGAGAUGCUGUGGCAUGACCUCAAGAAAGCAAUUCACACCAGACAUCCCAAGAAUAUUGCUGAACUGAAACAGUUCUGUAAAGAGGAAUGGUCAAGAAUUACUCCUGACCGUUGUGCACGUCUGAUCUGCAACUACAGGAAACGUUUGGUUGAACUUAUUGCUGCCAAAGGAGGUUCAACCAGUUAUGAAAUCCAAGGGUUCACAUACUUUUUCCACCUGCACUGUGAAUGUUUACAUAGUGUGUUCAAUAAAAACAUUGCAACAUUUCAUUCUUUGUGUGUUAUUAGUUUAAGCAGACUGUGAUUGUCUAUUGUUGUGACUUGGAUGAUGAUGAUCAGAUCACAUUUUAUGACCAAUUUGUGCAGAAAUCCAUAUCAUUCCAAAGGGUUCACAUACUUUUUCUUGCAACUGUAUAACAUUAGUCUAUUGGCUAUAUAGGAACCGAGUCCAGAUGCAGGAGCCAUCCCUAUGGCCGGCGCGAGACCUCAUAGGAUGAAGCAGGCUUGUGUUUAACCGAUGCCGGAUCUGCCUUGUCGAAGCUUCAGGCAGUGAGUGUCCACCGAUGUAGGAAUCUGAGCACAGUCCAGGAAGGCUUCCUGUUCGUCUUUAUGCUGGUUUCCUCUGGGCCGCAGCGAUCCAAGAUGGGAUCUGCCAUGUUUGUGCAGCAGGGGGCUAGUGUCUGUCGAUGCAGGGAUCCGGUCAGAGUACAGCAAGGCUUGUCGCUUACCAUUAUUCCCUGCUGUGUUCUCCUGGGCCGCAGGAGUGCGGGAUGGAUGUAGGGUGAGUGUUGGGCUGACGUCAUGGCAGGUGUAUCGUGCUUGGUGCUGGAAUCUCUGUUUCCUGGCGGAGAGGGUCCUUGCUCAGCGUUCUGACCCUGCGGUACAGCUGUUGUUGGCAGCGUGGGUGGGAGAGCUUUUCUGUCUCUCAGUGAUGCAAAGCCAGCAAACACUUCAUCCAGCCUUUGGGUGAGUGAGCGUGUCUGUGUCGCGCCCGGAUACCCGCCCACGGCCUCCGCUGGCCUAUCAGCAAGUCUCCCGAUAGUGUGUGCGGUUUGGGAUGGUUUCUGCAGCUGUGGUUCUCAGCCGAGCGCUCAACUGUGCUUUAAAAUAAUUUUAUUGAUAAGUGUCUUGGUAUAGGUUCUUAUCUUUAGUGUUUUGUCUUUCUGUUCUUCUUCUCUCUACAUUGACGCUUAAUACUUCUUUAGCAUGUCUACUUAUACUACAAAAUUUGUACAGAUUUAUAGUUUUGAUUUUUCUUUCCUACAACAUAUGUCUACUUUAUUUGCUGCAAAAUGUUGUCUUGUAAUGCUAAUGGACCACACACACCCUCCACCCCCCCAAAUGAAUUACAUGAUUAAAAGUUAUAAGCCCAAAGUAAGUCAGAUUAUAAGAUGUAAUAUUAGGUUUAAAUAGAACAGAUAGCUGUGUAUAGCAUAGGCAAAAUAGGUAACUAGCUGAGCAGCAAGCUGUGAGGCUAAUGGGCCAGUAUCCUUAAUUCCAUUCAUAGUAUGUCAGAGGUUGGCAUGUGUUUGCAGACAUUCGGAAGAGGUGAAAGGGGAAAAUAGGGAAAAAGAUGAUAGCAGAAAAAAAAAUCUCCAUUUAUUGGGGAUUCACCUGACGUCUAGGGGCUCAAACAAACAUUAAAACAUUUCAAUUUUUAUUUAUUUAUAUGUUGGAGUGUUUUUUUAAGGCCUAGAAAUUUAUGUAAAUUUUUCUGAAAGAAUUGAUGAUAGAUGCAGUGACAAAAAAGAGAUUGUAGGCUUAAAGAUUGAGGUCAGAAGAGGAAUUUAAGUGAUUAGAAAUUAGAGGAGCUGCCACAGCAAUAUGUUAUAGGGAUGGUCAAGUGAAUUGUCAAAACAGGAGGUUACAUAUAGGGAGAAGCAAAGCAGUGGGCUUGUCUAUGGGUAAAGCCACAGCGAAAAUUUUGGGACAUUAAAAGAUAAGGGGAAAAAAGACAAAAGUUCUUUAGGCACUGGGAGGUUGUUCAAAUUUGGUGGUCAAGGGGGGCAGAGGGGGGGGGAAUACAUUUUGCUAGCACAAUACAAAUCGCAGAUUAUCCUCCACCAAGAGUAACUGUGGCAUAUUUACAUAUAUGGUGCACUGAAAUAAUUGUUUACAAGAAAAUACAUGAUUCAUUCAAUUGUCUUUGGAUACUUCAGGAAACUGGCAGAUCUCAUUAUUUGUGAAAGCUGAUAUAGUAUCUUCUUAUUUAUUUAUAAAGGGAUACUCCCUGCUGUGCUCAUUAGUUAAUCUUAGAACUUUCUAAACAAUAUAUUGUUUCAGUGAUUCCUGCAACAUCUACCCUUUAUUCUGUUUUAGCCUAUCGAAGUCAGGCUAGCGAUCAAAAAUUGUAGGACAUCAAGGUCAGCUCCAGGAAAAUUAUAAAAUGCAAUCUAUGUAUUGUGCUAGUAAAAUUCCCCACAAAUAAGGAGAUUAAAUCUUUUAUUUGCUGUUUUGAUAUAGUACUGUGUUGGUUAUUGUGCAUUACACUCUGUCACAAUGCAGAGCCCAGCAACUCACAUUACCGAGAACACAACCAUGUUCUGCCUUGCUGGAGACGACAGAUGCAAGCGUGGUCCCUGAAGUUGCUAUACUGUAGUUUAGAAUUUAAUGCAGUAGAUAAAACGGAAAAACCUUUAAUCCCUGGGAAAAAAGAGACAUGCAGAGCACAUUGCACUUGGACGCACCCACAUAAAAUUAAAAUGUAUUCUUCACUUACAGCGAAACUGUUACAUACUGAGAACAGUGCCUUAUUCCGUCACCCUAGUAAAUUGCAUUGCAGCAUUUCCUGGGGUGAUUAACACAGUGGAGGUAAGUUAAAAAACACAUUGGAAGGUAUGGAUUUGGAACUGGGUGGGUAGGCUUUUACAGAGUUUUGCCAAUGUAGCAACUUGCAUUACUGAUGAUGCCUAAAAUGAGUGGGCCUGCCCAGAAAGUGGAUGUCUGGCUGGUCCCAACCAUAUAGAACCAUGCAGAGAGUGCUGCUGAAGCGUAAUGAAUACUGUAGUAAUGUGCGUGAGCUGUGCAGCCAGAGGAGAAUUCCCUGGUGUCCCAGGAUGAAGGACACAAGGAAACUAAAUUGGACUGUCCUGGGAGGCCUAUACUGCAAAGGUUAGCUCAUCUACCUACUUUGCCAGGCUAAAGUUACAAAAUAUUUAUUUUGCUCUAGUGACAAAGUAUGUUGUCAUGACAAGUCUUUAAAGGAAAACUAAAGCGUUAGAAAUACAGGUUUGUAUUUCUAACGAUUUAGUGUCCCUGUCCUUGUUGCUUACCUGUCAGCCUCUGGUGAUAUCUUGGAGGCAUGGCAUGGCAUUUUCCCUUAUGGUCUAAUCCAAUGAGAAGAGCAUUGGGCACCUAAUGUAUAUGAGCCGCAAGCACAUCCAAGUUUCCCCUUAAGAAAGCAUUUAAAUAAUGCUCUCCAAUUGGGGCUUCCCUAUCAUGUAACUGAGUUUUACUCACUGCCACGUAAAGUUUCUAGUGGUUGUCAGGGUGACAGCCACUAGAGGUGGAAAUUUUUGCAGUUUGAGAUGUAGUGGCCUUGGUGAUUUUACUGGUCCUUUAAAAUAAAUCAUGCCAAAUCAAUGCAAAAGUGCCCAUAGUGAUAUAAACAGGGGACAUGGAAGACAAUUUGACCAUGCAUUAAGGCAGGGGUAGACAACCUUUGAUACCGAUAGUUUGCCAGCAUUAUGGGGAAUUUGGUACACAAGUGCUGAAGGUUGAGAGAGAGAUAUUAUGUAAUUGUGUAUUUUAUUACAUUUUUUUCCUGUAAGAUGACACAAUUCAUAGCUGAACGACUAUUGCACAUUUAGUGCCCAAGGGUAUUAUUACAAAGCAAAAAAUACCUGCUCAUGUUAAAUGCUAUAUGAACAAUAUAAUACUGGGUGAGGUGGAAGAAGGAAAGAAAAAAAAUCAAAACACAGAUUGAAUUGAUUGUCCAUAUGCCUCAUGCAGCGUAGCUCAGCUUGUUCUGAGUUUAUAAAGAUCACUUAGGACGUCAUUCGACAUACAUCAAACAUUUCCUAUAUGCAAACAAAAAUAUCUCCACUUGGCAUCCCAGUCCUUUGGGUGUUCUUAAAGGGAUACACCAGACAAUACAGAAGGACAGAUGCAACUUGAUAUAGAUUAAAGGUAAAGGUGGUACUAUAGGCAAAAAAAACAAUGUUUAAUGAAGCAGAUUUUUUUUAUACAGAUCAUGUCCCAGCAGUCUCACUGCUCAAUUAUCUGCUAUUUAAGAGUUAAAUCACGCAGCCCUAACCAUACCUCCCUAUCUGUGACCUAUAUUCUCCCUACACGUUUCAUGUAAAUAGAAAUCUAAUAUUAAAUCCCUUAAUGACCAAGACUUUGGCACUCUUUUGAGAAGCGACACGUUUGUGACCAAGGCCUUUGUACACUUUUACAAUGUAUUCAUUCUACCACAAUUUCAGCCUUUCUGUGAAAGUGCACUCAUACAUAUUAUUUAUAAUUUUUAUUUUUAUUUUUUUUUUUAUAUACACCAUAUGUAUACAUAGCACAAUAUUAAAUAGGAUUGAACACCUAGGAAACACAUUUUUCUCUGUUUUACAUUUCAUAAUUUGUACAGACCACGUGCAGUUUAGGAAAUGAAGUGAAGGAGUGAAUUAUGAUUUUUAAAGCUAUAACUUUGCAAAUGUUGUCAUGCUGAGAUUACAACUUUUAUAGUAAUCAUAGAACCAGAACCACUACACAAAAGUAUAUAUUUGUAGAAAGUACCAGGCUAUGUAAGGAAGAGCAUUUUGACACUUUUCAUUUACCCAAUUUAUCACAAACCUAGGUCAAAGUAUCUAAUUCUUUGUGUUUUUAUUUUGGGGAAAUUUACAUACCUCACAUUUACUGCAAUAACUCCAUAUUUGCGUUCUGCUGCUGUUUACGAUUACAGUGGUACCCCACAUGUAUACAUCUUUUUGUUUUUUCUUAAUCCAACCCCUAAUCUUGCUCCUAAUCCCAGGGAUUUCAUUGCUCACACGUACAGAAGGCUCUGUGAGCAUUCUGAACUGUGUGAUUAGAGCAUAAGAGAGAUCUUCCUGUCAUGCUGCAACUUUAGAAACAAUGAUUGGUGCUGGACAGUUAGCAGAGCCCAGCCCUAAUUAUUUUGCAGGGUUAAGCAGGAAGACCUCAUCAGGGUCUUUUCAGACCCUGGUGGUCUCCCACAUUGCAAUUGUGCUCAGCUGUGGUAAUUUUCAAUCAGCCAUAGUAUGCAAAUCAAUUUAAAGGGCUAUGUGCAGCUCUCACUUGAAGAGCUGCAUAUCACUCAUCUGUGAGCCUCAGAUCAAGUGGGACAGGUCAAGGUGAUCCAGGGCACUAGUUUCGACUCGGCCGAAGCGGAGGCCAUAAAACUAAGGCACCAGCAGACCGAGACACCUGUAGUAAGGUCCUGGAACCAAACAAACGGAGGAGACUAGUCAGCAUCUCUGUGUCGAACACCCCCUGUAGGGAAGCGUCCAUCACUGAGGAAACGGGUCUGUAUGCCAGCUGAAACUGGUCGGGGCCUGAUGGGUCCUCCUCCGUGGAUUAAAGUCUUGACGCCGGGACCUCCUAGAAAAGCUAUUCCAAAUGUACGAGAACUCGGGUAGGGGAAAAAGUAGGAGGCACCCCCUUGUGUCCAAUCCACCCUCUAGGACUCUACUCCUGUAGAGGGGGUCGAUAUUUCCUCGGUUGAACACAAAAUCCAGGGACCCGAACAAGGGAAAAUGCAGAGAGCGUCUGACCCUUCGGUCUGGUAGGGAACUCGCAGAGGAUCCCGCAAGCCCGUCCGGGUAGAGCGUACAGCUAAACGUCCACGUGGAACAAAGGAGAAGGGUUCUCAUAUAGUUCUGGUAUUCCCGAAUGUCCUAAAUUCAUCCAAACCUGCCAGCCAGGCUGUAGUAUCGUCCCAAUGAAUGAUGCCCCAGAUUCUUAUCUCGCCAGGGAGAAAAUUGAGCCCGCCUUACCAGGAAAGGACCCCACGGUCCUUAGAAGUUCCCUGAGGGCCGCAUCCAAUUCAAAGUAACUAAUGGAUAUGCGUUCAAGCGUAGUCCCGUGCGGGGGCUCCAAAGGGCUCCGCUCACUUAAUCCCGUCUGGUAUGUCAUCCGAAGGUGGAGGUAAAUGUGAAACUCUGAGGCCAAGGGUCUAAUCCUCUAUAACCGGUACAGGUUGGAGCAUUAGAUAUGCCUCUGCGGCCAUGGUAGGGGGGGUGGCUUAUGGGGACUUUCACCCCUGCUCCACCUAGGCAGUGUAGUCUGGAGUCUAGUCUUUCCAGGCGCCUGGUUCAGGGCCUUCACCCUUCCAGUAGCGUUUAUGCGCACUUGGCUGCUCUCCUCUAGGAGAGUCUGACUCAAUCAAGUAGUCUGUCUUCUUCUUAAAAAGGUGGUCACUGCCGCGUCCAGUGGACACCGCCUCCCUCGCGCCAUAUAGGCAGUGGCAUUAGGCCGUCGCAGCCGAAUGCAUCUGGGUUAGAUGCUUCUCCAGAGUUUAUCUUUCCGGGCGUCUGGUUCAGGGCCUUCACCCUUCCAGUAGCGCUUAUGUGCACUUGCCUGCCCUCAUCAGAAGAGUCUGACUCAUUCAAGUCUCCUGCCUUCUUUAGAAGGUGGUCGCUGCCGCAUUAGACAUCGCCUGUGCUCAUUCCCCCGAACAAAGGGUUGUCGGUGGAGCGGUCCUUGGCAAGGUGACCUCUAGGGGUAUAACGGACAAAUGUCACCGGCAGAAGCAUCGGGGCAUAUAGUGACAGAGGCCAGUUUGGCAGCGCAUGCAAUGUCCAAGCGUGAGUAUGUAGCAGCAAGGCUUGGUAUGCAGACAUUCUGGCACAAACAAAGCAGGCCAGAUCAAUGGGGCACAGACAAAGCAGGCCAAUCAAUGGGGCACAGACAAAGCAGGCCAAUCAAUACGGCUCGGACCAAGCCGGCCAAAUCCUGGGGCACAGACAAGUCAGGCCCAACAGGGGUUUCAUUGUUCCAAAUAAUUGUAUAUUUCACUCUUCGGAGAAGAUGCAUUCUUCUGUGUAACUGUACAUAACGCUGUUCAGUGUAACAGUACAUAGCAUUCUUGUGUGCGACUGUACAUAGCAUUCUGCUGUGUAACUGUACAUAGCCUUCACUGACCUCACAUCAAAAAAACAAAUCCUAAAAUCAUAAAAUGUAAUCAUAAAAUCAAAUCCUAAAUGUAAUCAUAAAAUCACAUCAUAAAUGUAAUCAUAAACAAGCCUGUGGCUGCUCACUGUUUAAAAAAAACCUUCUAAAUAAAAAUAAGGAGGGGGGGACCUACUGUUCUCCCCCCUGGCCCCCACCCCUGAGCGGUGGGUGGGAGCCCUAAAAAACAAUAAGGGGGGAGGGACCUACCAAGCCCACCAAUCAGAGUGCUCUUUGUCAUUUUACACAGCGUGGGAAAGUUCUUUGGAAUAUUCCCACACUGUGUAAAAUGACACAGAGCACUGCUCUGCUCACUGUUUAGUGGACAUGUCCCUACUCGCAGUAUAGCGAGUAGGGGCAUUGGGGAGAUUGUAAUCUCCCUAAUGCUAUUAUGGGGGUCAUAUUGACCCCCCAUAGAGUGAGGGGGGACCUGGGGGGCUUAUGAAGUGGCGGGGAGCACUGCUCCCUGCCAUUUCUAUCUUUACAUAUUACAAGGAGGGAGCUGUGUGCCAGUAGCUCCCUCCUUGUAAUGAACUGCACGAACAAAUGAACACUGAUACUCAGUGUUUGUUUGUUCGUCUGACAAUGCUAUCCAUUCAUUCGGCUUUCUGAUGAAUGAAUGAAUAGGUGAAGUUCCCGUUUGCAUGUCCAAGUGUUGAACUGGGCAUGUGCGGGAAUCUCACAGUGCUAUCUAGUGUGGGCAGAUGACGUGUCCCACAGGGACUUCCUCUACCCACACAAAGAUGGCGGUGCCCUGAAUAUAGAUCGGGGUAGAAAAUCAAGAUUAAAAAAUAGGUAAUAUGGGGGGCUUAGGGGCAUUUGGAGGUGACUAGGGGGUCAGUUAGAUGUAGUGGAGGCGGGAGGGGGGUUAAAAAAAAUAAAAAAAAAAAUAAACGGGAUUAGACCAUGAUAGUGCCGCUUUAAAACAAGGAAUUAUCAAGAGAAAAAUUACUAUUUCUAACUCUUCGACACUUAUAGAAACUGUGAAAAAUGAUACAACAACAAAUCAAGAAAACCGGUCCGAAAUAGUUGAAUCUACUGUUCCUCAAAUAGCAGAGACAAGUGACAAGUCAACGAAAAAAAGACAAGCACACACUGUUAUUCAAUCUUCUUCUCAAACAAAGAAAAGAAAAUAUGACGACAGCUUUUUAAGCGAAAGCUUCAGGAGUAUCAUAAGACUAAACGGUUUAUGAGCACAAUAUUUAAAAAUGAUAAUGAAAAAGCCACUCAUUAAAAGGUUUGUGCUAUGGCGCAAAUUUUAUUUUUGGGGUUCCACGAUGUUGGUUUACUAUGUCAAAGGGUUCCACGGGAAAAAAUAAUUGGGAACCCCUGGUCUAUAGUAUCCCUUUAAAAAAAUUAAAACACCUGCUCCCUCCCACUAAUUUUAGGUGAUUGUUUAAUGAACUCACUAUUUUUUAUUAGUUGCUUUCUGUAAGAGUGUGAGAUGUGAGACUGCAUACUAUGGUAUUUUACUCUCGUUCUGUACAUGCCCAAUGACUGCUACAAAACAUGGAAGUGAUCAUGGUGCUUUGAAUAAACCUUUUAUGAUGGGGCUUUAGGGGUUACCAGAUGUCCCCUCUUUGUUUUGUUUUAUUAGUUUAGAAAGUGAAAAAAGUAUCUGCUUACAUAACAUUUAUGUGAGCUCACAACAUUUCUGUGCCUCUUAAAAAUUAACCAAUGGUCACUGUGAUGUCCUGACUCAUAACAGCCUCAUCAAUGACUUUUAGAUAAAAAAAAAAAAAAAAGUAAAACGUUCUACUUACCCUUUUACUUUAACGAGGCUUCGUCUGCGCUGCUCCACGACGUGGCCUCCUUCACCGAUGUCCAAUACAUCGGAGACCUAAUGCACAUUAGCAGCGAGUGCCUCACUCACAUUUACAUUUCCUCAUAGGAAGCAUUGAAUUUUACUUGGUCAGUGCCGUGGAAGGGCCUCUAGUGGCUGUCAUCCCAAACAUAAUGGACUUACAAUGUAAACAACUCAUUUUCUAAAAGAACUGCAUUGUUGUUAUAUUGCAGGGCUAAAAGGACAGGGACACUGCAGCCAGACCACUUUAAUGAGAUGAAGUGGUCUGGGUUGUUCUAGUGUUCGUUACAGUCAGGGCUUGACAAAUUGGUUUGGAAUCUAGGAGCCAGCUAAAAAAAGUUAGGAGCCAGUCUUUUUUAAACUAACUCUGAAACCGGUACAGCGUGGGAAAAAAAGUGAGUAAAAACACCUCUUCCAUGUGAUUGAAGGGGGGCAGGUACCUAAACAGACACUCACUGUCGGACAGACAGACACAAUGACACACACAUUUGCUCAUAAACUCACAAAUUAACAUUUUACUUUUCAUUUAUGUCCACCCAGCCUCUCUACCUGUGUGAGAGCUGAGUGGAUCUUUCCCUGAGGUCCAGUGGCCUGUGCUCUAAUCUUUCUGCAGUUUCUCUCUGCUCUCUUGCGUGCUCUCUGUAGUGAUGCCGGGACCGGAGUGACAUCAUAUUCUGGCUCCUGGCAUUAAUAAACAGCGCAAGGGAGCUGAGAGGAACUGCAGGAGGAUUACUGCUCCCUUGAGCUCCACCUCCCACGCUACCCCAGGCUGGUGGCCAGCUUCCAGACUGCCCUGUGCCGUUGGCAAGCCCCCUACCAGUCUGCCCUGUAUGGGUGGGCCGGCCUUCACUAAAGAGCUGCCAGGACCAAAUCGCCAUGGCGACUAGAAAUUUUGUCCUGGGAUUUGUCGAGCCCUGGUUUAAAGGUACACUGUAGAUACCCAGACCACUUCAGUUCAUUGAAGUGGUCUGGGUUCAAUAUCCCAUGUCCCUUAACCCUACAGUGGUAAUUAUUGCAGUUUCUUAGAAGACAGCAACCAGGGGAGACUUCCGGAAUUGAAAACGGAAGGUCCGUUAUCUGACGCUGGAUAUCCUCACACUCUCCAUGGGGUGCUCCAGCAUCAGAUUUUUCCUAUGGGGAAAUUCUAAUGCAAGCACUGCCAUUGCUCACGCAAGCGCACUAGGUUUCCCCUGCUGUCUGACAUCGGAUGUGGAGCGGGGGCUAAGCCUGACGCAGCACUGUGGAACAUCGGCUCUGGAUUCAGGUAAGUGAUGGAAGGGGUUUUAACACCUUCAGCACCGAGGGAGGGGGGCACUGCAGGAGCGGGUUUGUUUUCCUGGCACUUUAGAAUCCCUUUAAGGGAUUUAGUGAUCUCCAUAUAAUAAGUGAUAAAUAGUUCUUGAUGUGUUUGAGUUGAGAUGUUGGCUUUCUGUUUAAGCCAAAAAAUAAUGGGAUCAGCAGCUAGUUGGAUGUCUAAUAAGCCCAUGAAGAGUUAUGUUCCAUAAAAUGACCAGGACUUCAAGAGUUUCUGCUGUAUUUUGUUAUAAGGUGGUCGGAUAAAAAGCAGCUAUGUAUUGGCAUGGGCACCAAGCUCAAAACACACUCUCUACCCAAUUUCUUUAGUCAGUGUUGGAAGAUAUGUGUUUACAAUCGAUGGAUAACUUACUCUGUUGUUUUCUCCAAACAGAAUCGUACCAUGUUUACAUUUGAUCCAUCAGAUGAAGAGAAGAGAAAGGUACGACUUGAAACUCCUCUUUAAAUCUUGAAAUUCAUCUUUGCAUUUUAUACUGACUGUAUAUGCAUAUUAUAAUUACAAUUUAAAUUAAGCCAAGAUUAUUUACUUCCUAAGUGUUAAUAUACCUACCAACACCGUGGUUAAUGGCAUUAUAGUGACACGGUAUUCAAAAAUGUGCAUCUCCAUUUAUGGUACAUAUUCUUACAAAACGGGGGCCAAGACAAAUACAACAAAUGAUGCUGAUGAAAAGGUAAAGGUGACUUUGUUUAGUAAAGUUUAUGUAGUAAAUUACUAAACACCUUUGAGCCUUAGUAGAGCUGGGCAAGUCUACUUUACCAUAACAUUGUUAUAUGACAUUUUUAGAGGGACACUGUUCACUGAAAACAUGCAUGCAUGCAUUCAAUUAUGCAUUUUUAAUUGGGGGUAUAUCUAAAAAUAGCUUACAAAAGCUUUUAUGUUAAGCCUUUGCAAGCCCUCCCCUUCUAACCAUGCCCAGACUUUCUAUGGCUGUCCAAUCGCAGAUUCCCUAAUGCAGCUCAAUGAGAAGACUUUGUAAGGCAGGUGCUCUGGACAAUUACCUGCCUCUUGAGUUUAGCUUCAAUGAGCUAAAUAAAAAACAGAAAAUAAUAAGACCAGCUGCCUGAUUGACAGCCAGGGGAUGUAACAUGGUUAAUUUCUAAAAGUGCCAGUUUCAAAUGAAGUCUGCACUUUUUUGUAAAAAAAAUAUAUAAUUAUUUUUUUUUAAUGUGAGAACAUACUCUUCACACACAAAGCACUUCAACAAGCUAACAUGCUUUACGUGGUUAGAGUGAACCUUUACGGUUCUAGGUCAUGGGUGUCCCUCUAGCGUUUCUUAAAUAAUAAUUCCAUUUUAUACUAUUCCAGUUUACAUGUUUGACAUAUAGUCCAAUAACUACAGAGGUUCCUCGUUUGGACACCCCUGAUUUACUCCAGUUACAUCUUAUAAUAUUUAGAUAUUUUUAAUCACUGCACCACAGUCUAGCACUACCAGGCUCUAGGUGUCAGUGGGUAGUGGUAAUUUAUAUACUAAGUCAUAGAAAUACACAUUUUAUCUGCAGAUCCAUGAUGUACACCUCUACAUAAUUACAUUCGAGAACAUCACCUAUUUUUAUGUAAAUGCAAAAUAGUAAAGUGUAUCUUAUCUGUAUCUCUGUUAUUUAUAGAAUCUUUGCAAAGCAAUAUUUCAAGCUCUUGAUCAAGGAACCCACACAUCGUGUCAGAUAAUGUGCUUGGAAACCCUGCGCAUCCUCUCCAGGGAUAAAAAGGUUUUAGUUCCUGUGACAACAAAGGAAAAUUUGCAGAUAUUAAUGAAAAUGGCCAAGCUUGAUCCUAAACUGAAAUCCUUAGGGGAGGUAGCAAGUUUCCCUGUUGUUGUGGAAGCGUUAAAAUGUCUGUGUAACAUCGUGUUCAAUAGUCCAGAAGCACAGAAGUUGAGCCUGGAACUUAACCUUGCUGCUUCCCUUUGUGGCCUUUUGCAGAAAUGCAAGGACCAACGCACGGUGAAUGACAUUCGAUGUUUUGAUCUGCGUCUCCUUUUCCUCUUGACACUUUUGCACACAGAAACAAGGUCACAGCUAAAACAUGAGUUGCAAGGACUGCCGCUGCUAACACAGACCCUUGAAAGUAUUCUUGGGAUUAAGUGGGCAAGAAAAUAUCAGACCGUUACAGAGUUAAAUGGUCCUCUAUUGUCUCUUCCAGAUACAGAUUGUGCUAUAGAGGCAUUGAAAGCCCUAUUUAAUGUAACACUGGAUAGUUGGAAUGUCCACAGCAAAGUAAGUCUGCAUUUCUGAUAUCUAUAUAUUAUUAUUAUUAUUAUUAUUAUUAUUAUUUUUUUGCUAAAAAUUACCACUGGUAUGAUUUGCAACAUAAUAUAAUUUUGUUAAUUAUCUAUUAUUAUUUUUAAUGCAUUGACUACAUAGUCGACUCUCUUUUGGAUGGUAUAUAUAAUAAACUAUGACCUCACAAGCAUGUAAUGAUAUUAAUUAUGUUAUUUUUUUUUCUGGAAGAUUUUGCAAAUUGACAAAUAUUUCACAGAGAAAAUUCUAUUUUGUCCACACACAACAACAUACUAGAUUCAAUUAAAAAAAAUGAUGCUUCUCAAGUAAAACCUUCUUUUGUGUCAAAGUGCAGUAUCACUAUGGAUGUAGCAGGGCUAUGUUGUCAGUAUUGCAUACUCACUUUGUGAUGUGGUCAGCUCCUUGCGCCCAGUUUGUUUUUGUCUUUUAUAUGCCAUAAUUCAUUGCAAAGAACUGAUAUUUUCUUUGAGGGGGGUGGGGGUGGGCGACGACGGGUGGUUCUUUAUAACUGACUGACUGAGACAAAGUAGUUCCUUGUACCACAACCUAUGUAAGGAGCAUAUAUUAUGGUAAUUUGAUUAUCCCUUUUAAGAUCUGAAAAUGGCAAUUUCUCAUUUCCACACCAAAGAAAACACAAUUUCUCUUUGUUUUCAUCCUAAGUUUUUAUUAGGGUAAACAGUGCAGAGGAGUUAUGGGGGAAAAAAACAAAUAACAAAACAAAAGCAAAGCACUUGCACUGCACUCGUGUUCAGACAAACACAAUCCUUCCAUGAAUAUUGUAGUCUCACUUAUGCAUUUGGGUAAUUUAUGGAGAAAUGUUGUGUGAGCACAUGUGUACUCAGGCAUUCCUUCAAAAGAGCUGUUUCCAUGGCACUGCACUUACAAAACUUCAUGGCAUGCUCUGGAUGUGCCAGGACAGCCAGGCAUGCAGUGUAAAUAAAUAAAUAAAAAGCAUAGUUACGAGACUGUGUGUGAACUAGGUAGAAAGGACUGAUAAUCACCCUGCUUUGGCUUUUGCCUUCUUUUAGCAGGCAUUACCAUUUCAAGUGCCCUCAAAUCCAAGCCUAUCUGUGCAUGGUAUAUGAUGCGAAGAAACCUGCCAACUCAGGCCAGCCAUGUGGUCAACAUUUUAACCUGGAGGCGAUUCUACAUCCUGCAUGGUAUUGGGGUGCUAUUUUACCUUUUAGGGCACUCAGGAACAAGCUAUCUGGGGGAUACCUUAUAUGUGAGGUUUACUGGUGCCUAAAAUUGUUUUUUUGGGGGGAUAUUCUGUUAAGAAGCUCUGUUGUCUGGAGGGUAGAUUGAUCUAUCUACUCCCAGACACAGAGGUGCCUGGCUGGGAUCUACAUUGUUCUAGAUAACGACCCUCUGCUGGAGUUCUGUGUAUAAUUACACUAUAUGGACAAAAGUAUUAGGACACCUCUUAAUGAUCCAUUUCAGGUGUUUUAAUCCGACUCAUUGCCACCGGUGUAUAACUUCAAGCACCUAGCUAUGCAGUCUGCAUUUACAAACAUUUGUGGAAAAAAUGGGUUGUUCUGAAAAACUGAAGGGAAUUCAAGCAUUGUACUGAUAGAAUGCCACCUUUGCAAUAAGUCAGUUUCAUUGCUAGAUAUUCAACGGUUAACUGUAAGUGUUAUCAGAAGCAUUUAGGAACAGCAGCAACUCAGCCACAAAGCGGAAAAACCUGUAGAAUUACAGAGCGAGGUGCUGAGGUGUAUGGUGUAUAAUUCCAUAGCUAAAUAUUUUUAAACUUCCACUGGCAUUAUUAUGUUUCUGUGGCCAGCAGCUGCAUGCAAGUAUCACAUCACCAAGCAUCGGAUCGAGUGGUGUAAAGCACUCCACCACUAGACUCUCUCUGGAGCAGUGGAAAUAUGUUCUGUGGAGUGACAAAUAUGCUUCUAUUUGGGAAAAUGAUCGUCGAGUCUGGGUUGGCGAAUGCCAAGAGAACGUUGCCUACCUGUGCCAACUGUAAAGUUUGGUGGAGGGGGAUAAUGGUAUGGGGCUGUUUUUUAGGGGUUAGGCUAGGCUCCUUCCUUCCAGUGAAGUGCAGUCAAUGCUUCAGCAAACAAGACAUUUUGGACAAUGCUAUGCUUCCAACUUUGUUGAAACCAUAUGGGGAAGGCCCUUUUCUAUUCCAGCAUGAAUGUGCUCCAGUGCACAAAGCAAGGUCAAUAAAGACAUGGAAGAUGAGUUUGGUGUAGAAGAACUUGAUUGGCCCACAUAGAGCCCUGAUUUCAACACCAUUGAACACCUCUGGGAUGAAACAAUAAUGAAACCGUGAUUGUGAACCAGGCCUUCUUGUCCAACAUCAGUGCCUGACCUCAACAAUGCUCUACUGAAUGAAUGGGCAAAGAUGCCCUCAGAAACACUCCUCCAACAUUUUGUGCUACGGAAUCUGAUUGCGCUAUAUAAAUAAUAAAAUUAAAAAUAAUAAUAAUGAAGAGAGUUAUAGCUGCAAAGGGGGGACCAACUACAUAUUAAUGUCUAUGAAUGUAAUGUCCUAAAAGUUCCUGUUAGGUGUCCCAAAACUUUGUCUAAAUAGUGUAUGUGCAUUUAAACCCAGUAAAGUAUUCCUGUUUUCACCCUUCAUUAAGUUUCGACUGAUGCUUGGGUGGGCUGCUAUAUAUCACUGCACACUCUGCAGGGAAGAGGGAGUCUUUGGCGGAGAUACUCUGGUCAAGUCUGGGAGCUUUGCCAAAUCUAGUGGCAGCACUGGGAUGCUCUCUCCUUGACAGACAUCCUGGUAAGGAAAUCGGGAAAUGGAGUAGCAGUACUGGCUACUGAAGCUGAGCACUUUAAAAGACUUGCUUGAGGUUUGGGGGCGAGUGCCAAGCAACAAGUUUUAAAACCACACUUUACCAAGAUCGAGCUUAAUAACUCCAGCACCUCGUACACCGAAGCUCAGAGAAAUCCGAGUCCCAGAAAGAUGUGUGAUGGAGACUAUUCAUGCGAAGUCCAAAUCAACCAGCGGUGAUAGUACUACAGGUUAAGGUAAAGAUUACAGUGGUGAUGAAGGCGAGGGAACAGCGGAGCUGAUUCCCAGCGGGAUAUACAGCUUUAAUGCAAGGAUUGAUAGGAGGAAGUCUGAGGACAUUGUCCUACUCCACAUUCAAGGUAUUUGUUGAUAGAGAGUAUGACAUUGAUGGCUAACUCCAAGAUUGAGAGUCAGUGUGCCCUUUAGGACUUGGAUGUAACAGACUAGGUUUCCAUCCUGAGCAGUAAACUGACUGGACAGGCAGCUGAGGCGUGCAGUGCAGUUCCAAACACAAACAUUAAGAACUACGAGAGGGUUAAAGAGAAACACCUAGCACGAUACGCCAUAACCCCCGAGGCCUACAGGAGAAAAUGUAGAGGCUUACAAAAAGGAAACAGACUCCCAUGCAGAAUGGGCAUACCACAUGUAGCAGGCGGCCCAUAAUUAGAUUCAGGGCUGCCAGGCUAUCUCCUUGGUGAAUGCCCUACAAUUAUUCAUCCUGGAGCAGUUCUACGACCAUGCUGCUCCUUGGUCAGAGAUUGGAUGAGGGACAGACGACCUCUAAUGGUGGAAGAGGUGGCCAGGCUGGCGGACGAGUAUCAAAAAUACUGCAGGGCAGAACAAAGUAGAGCCCACUCACUGCAGUGAACUAGCAGCAACCCCAUCACAGCACCUGCCCCCUCAUGCCUCCAGCCAAACCCUCUCCCAACCAACCUUCACAAUGGAAAAAUGGUCUGCAACCGAAACACGCAUCAGGGCUCACUCCGAUAAGCCUCCCAGAACUCUCAAGCCACUGUGGAUCUCCCUCCUGAUAUUUGUCUAAGAUUUUCAGUAUCGGUUGAGUCUUGCUGUUGGAGGUAUCGGCGUUGUAUACCUGCUUAGACUGCUAAACUUGGAUUAGGAUUGGAUGUUUCUGUGUUUGGUCAAGCUUAGCUAUAACUAUACUAUUGAUAUUUAUCGCUACACUUUCAGUCGAGUUAUAACUUCGAUUAGAUAAUCAGCUAAUCUAGUCCUCUUUCUACUAACAAUAGGUGCCCUCUGACUCACAUAUUUUUCUUCUUCCUAUUUCAGACCAGUUUAGUUUUGCCUAAUUAGUUUUUAUCAUCCUCUUAGAUCAGUACUUCUUAACUAAAGGCUGCACUCUAAAGACUCUGUAACAAAUGAUCAAUUAUCCCUUUUCACGUAUUUCGGUUUAUUUAGUUUCAUUUUAUAUUUAUUUUUUGAUAUUUAUUAAGUUAUAUUUUAGCAUUACAUCUUUUUUUCUUAACAAUAACAGUUUGACUCUUUUCUUGUCUGGACAAAUAAAGAGUAAUUAUCCCCAAAGAACUGAUCUGCAUGAACAACCAAUUAACCUCCCUAAGACUGCCAUCAGUCUGCACAAGGACCCGUCCUGGGGCACCUCUGAUAUCUCUCGAAGGAUAGAGAUAGAAUACCCUUCGGAAAGAUGGACUGUCCUCCGUGUGACUGACCCUGUGCAAGCUGCCAGAGACAACAGACAUAAUCACUGGCAUCUGGUCAAGGUUAAUGGUCGGGAUGCCCAGGGUCUGAGAGACACUCAGACUCUGGUACAGCCUCACAGGAUUUAUAAAUUAGAAUGAACUAGUCUUACUGCAGCAGUAAGGGUGGACGUAGGAACUAUACAUAGGCUCCCUACUGCCCAGUACCUAUCUUGACUGGGGUACCGGAUGUCAUUAUUUGGAAGUGGGGGUUAUAAAGGAUCUGCCAACUGAGGUCCCACUUGGAACACCUCAAUUCCAACAUUUCUACAAUACCAGGCUCCAGGCCUUCCUGGAUGCAAUCGGUUACUAAAGGUCUAUAGCUCCAUCACCAAACCUCUGACUGACCUGACAAAAACAAUCCAAAAACUUUCCCCACAGGUCCGGUGGUCCCCGGAGGGAUCCUUCCAACACUUAAAGAUGGACCUAACCAAUGCCCCAGGGUUGGUUGCAUCUGGCCCUACCAAAGCUUUCUUCAAUAUAGAUGCCUCCAUAUUUGGAUUGAGAGCAGUGCUGAGACGGGUUAGGGAUUAUGGGAGAGAGCAUCCGGUAGCCUUCAGUCAUAUAACUUCACAAUGCAAUAUUGGCCAGGCAAACAGAACAAUAGUGGUGAUGUAUUGUCCCAGCAAACUAUUCCCAGAUAUCCCCAAGCCGACCACUCUGGAUCUGACUGUGUCUGUUGGACUAUUGAUCAAAGGGGGAGCCAUGUUACAAGACUGUGCAAUCUUAACAGAAAGGAAUGAUAAUCACCCUAAUAUGGCUCUUGCCUUCUCUUAGGAGACUCUACCAGACCAAGUGCCCUGAAAUCUGACAAAACUGUGCAGCUUACAUGCUCCAAGGAAACCUACCGCAUGGAACUAUUCCUCACUUGGAAUUUUACCAGUUAGGAUGCUAGGGAUGACCUGUCUGGGGAUACCCUAUGUGAAGUUUACUGGUGUCUAAAAGUAUGUUUUUGAUGAUAUUCUGUUAAGGAGCCCUGUUGUCUAGAGGUUAAUUAAAUUAGAGGUGGUUGAUCUAAUUGUCUCCCAGUCACAGAUGGUAUCUACAUUGUUCUAGUAUGUUCUACCAUACUUAACUUCCUGAAUCCUCUUUAUAGAACGAUUGAUCUGCCAGAAAGCAGUUUAUCUCUAUUCCUACAUAGGGAAAAAUUCCAAUAGGAGUUGAGAGGAAAAAGUGAAACUUGCCCUACUUGUUAGCGCAGUGCAAGGUUGGUCAUUAAAAUAUGAAUUGAAAGGUAUUCAAAGUGAAUUUCAAAGCUUAGGCAAAAAUAAUCAAACUGAAAACGUGACUUGAAGAUUUUCUUUCCCCAACUUGGCUAAAACAUUGCAGUUCUGCAGGAUCUUUUUAUCCCUGGCGGCGCUGGCCUGGUCACUUACAUGGUAACUAGGGCACUGUAGUGUUAGGAUUACAUAUCUGUUAUUAUGACUGUUGACUGUAUGUAUAAUUGUGUUUGUUCAGAAGCUUUUGACUACAACAUUCCUCACCCACCAUCUUUUUAACCCAUUAAGGACACAGCUUCUGAAAUAAAAGGGAAUCAUGACAGAAUAUUUCAGUCAUGUGUCCUUAAGGGGUUAAUACUUGCCUCCUAAUGUGUUUGUUGUAUUUUUUUUAUUUUUUUAUUAUUGGUCUGUGCAGUAGUGGGGCAACUGUGUGUUACUGUCCAGCUGUUGGGGAAUCACAUCAUACUGGAUUAUUUUGUGUGUUUGAUGGAAAGAUUUGGGAGAUGUCUGCUCACUUUGUCAUCAUAUAGAUCAUGUCUAGUUAGAAGACAAAACCGUUGUUUCAUGCUUGAGAACAAUGCAUACUCUAUCCAUUUGUUUAUGUUUUUGUUAUACUUUACUGUAUGGCAAACUAAUUCUUUACCCUUUUCUUAUAUUACCUAGUGUUGCAGAAUCUGUUGGCACCAUACAAAUAAAUUAUAAUUAUUGCCAAGUAGCCAAUUCUCACCACUUCAUUUUGUAAUAGAGAAAGCCAUGCACCUGACAGCAUGAUUUUUGCAAUACUCUAAUGCAGUUAAAGGGAUGCUAUAGUCACCAGAACAACUACAGCUUAAUGAGAAAAGUUAAUGUUUACAUUAUUGCCUAGGAGCACUUCUAAUGUCACUUGGACGGCCACUAGAGCUUCUUCCUCGGUCAGUACUGCAUAAUGUGCCGCACUGACGUUCAGCAUCUCCAUGCUUUGUAUGGAGGUGCUAAACUUUCCUUAUAGAGAUGCAUUGAUUCAGUGCAUCUCUGAGGAGAUGCUAAUUGGCGCAGUAAAGCAUUUUACCAUACAUGCGCAAUAGCCUCCUAAUGCUUUCCUAUAGGAAGCCAUUGGAUUGGCUGCGAUGAUAAAAUUUGAUGAUCUCAGCCACGGAGCAGGGGCGGAGCGAGCCGUAACUAGACCUGUGAUGCGCUGGAAAUAGAGUUCUUUCACUUUUUAAGAGGUGCCAGGGACCUAAAAUGGGUUUUUAAACCUGUAGUGUCAGGAAUACAUGUAAAGUGCAGACUAGUCAUUUUUGUAGGCAUUUCUUAAAUUACCAUUUUAGCACCUUUUCUGAAACCAUUUUUAUAUCACAGCUUGCAUUUUUCUGCACCUUUUGUGCCUCGAUCUUGUUUAAAUUUAAAUGAUGUCCUUUUGUGUCGAACUAGCUAAAAUAAUUUAAUCCAUACAUUAUGCCAGCCUAAUCAGCAAAUGUAUAGCUCUGCUGAUGUAAAAAACAAACAAAAAUAGAUCUGUACUUGACAUCUGGGUCCAUGACAGCCAGAGACGUCACAAGGACGUCUUUUCCUCACCAGGCAGUUUCUCAGAUCAGUCAUAAAGUUUUUUUUCGGAACAUAUCCAAAAAAGGUGAGUUUUCAAUUUCCAUGGGACCAGAUGUGAGGUACAUUUUUAAUUUGAAACUCCACUUGCUUCCCGAGUCUAGUUUAAAGAUUCUUUGUUGGUAUUUAUCAAAAUAUAUGUGUCAUUUUCUUUCACAAUUUGUAUUGAACAGAGUGAUUCACACCAGUUUCGACACCUGACUGCCAUUCUCCGCCACAUUUUAUUAUGCCGUGGGCCAUCAGAAGAUAAAACAGAGGAACUGCAAAGGUUUGUUUAUUUGUUUUGGGCUCCCAUACAUUAAACACCAAUUAUCACCAAAAUAUAACCCUGUUUAAUGCUUGAAAAACACUUUAUGUAAGUUUAGUAAUUAUUUUUCUUUUUAAAACACAUUAACAUAUAGCUCAUAAUUAAAAUGGGAGAUAAAAGUAUGUUUCACAGCCAUCACAUGCAGACAGUUUACAUCCUUUACACACACAACCCAUACUUUGCAUGUUGGGCACUCUUCCCUCUACUUCUUCUGAGCUCAGUCUAGUUCGCCUUUUUAUUCAUGUCUUUAGGGCCCAUUUUGCGAAAAACAGGCUUGCGGGAAGCGAUCAAAGAUCGCUCCCGCCGGUAUAACACUGUAACUAUCUGCCAGACAUCCCAGGCAGAUAGGAACAGCCAAUUGCGGUGUGUACAUUUGGCUGCCGUCAAAGUGACCAAAAUGAUCUCUGCCCCUCUUUCCUCUGUAGCGUUUUGUGAGGCGAGAGAGAUCGUGAUAGUUUGUUGCAGCAGUGUUCAGUGACCAUCAUAAAGUAGAAGUAUUUUAUUUUUAAAAAAUCAUCUUUCAACCCCUUCCCUGCCAGAUCUGUUACAGCAGUGCAUUUGUACUGUCUGUAUUUUUUUUUAUUUGCCCUUAACCCCUUAAGGACACAUGGCAUGUGAGACAUGUCAUGAUUCCCUUUUAUUCCAGAAGUUUGGUCCUUAAGGGGUUAAAGGGUUAAAUUUGUUUUAAAAAUCUGUGUCUUGGUCUGUCUUAGUCAGUCAGUUUCCUUCCGCGAAAUCUCCAUUAGAUUUUUGUGACAGGAGUUAGUUUAGGGAUUGCUGUUUAGUCUGUUUUAGUAAAAAUAAAAUAAAUUUAAAAAAAGUAUAAAAUUUUUUUUGGGUGUUUGUAAUUCGUUUUAGUCGUGUGUAAAACAUGCAGCGUAUGUAUAAAUUGCAGGAGGCAUAUGCCUUCUUGGCGUCAGACUCUGACGCCACUGACACUGCGUCAGAUUUUGACCCAGGUCAGUUUUCUGACACGUCUAGUCAAGACGACAUGUCAUCUGUGUGUGAGCCGGCUGAAGAAAGAAGCUGUGCUUCAUCUGCUACGCCGAAUGUGGAGGAGGACUGGGUACCUCCACAGUUAGCCGAGCCCAACUUCCCCGUCUUUUAGUGCCAAUGUGAGUGUUAAUGUGGAUGGCUUCUCCCCAAUGCAGUAUGUAGAACUAUUUUUAGGGGAUACCAUCUGGGAGGAGAUUGCUUCCCAGACUAACUUGUAUGCUACCCAAUUUAUUGAUAACAAUCCAGGUAGCUAUAGAGUCAGGGAGCAUGACUGGCAUCCCACAGAUGUCCCAGAGCUUAAAAAAUUCUGGGCUCUUACAAUGCUCAUGGGGAUUAUAAAGAAGCCAUCGAUUCGCUCAUACUGGAGCACCAACCCAAUAAUGUCUCGUCCAGUAUUCUCCCAAACCAUGCCUAGAGCCGGAUACGAGUUACUGCUGAGAUUUUUACAUUUCAGUGACAAUACCCUCUGUCACCCUAGAGAUCACCCCCAAUAUGAUAGGCUUCAUAAAAUACGCCCACUGCUAGACCAUUUUCAGGACAAAUUUUCAGAUGUUUGUACCCCCCAACAAAAUGUAUCCAUAGAUUAAUCACUAAUUAAAUACAAAGGGAGAUUAGGGUUCAGACAAUACAUCCCCUCAAAGCGCUCUAGGUAUGGCAUAAAACUGUACAAACUGUGCGAGAGCGAAAGUGGAUCCACGUUUGCCUUUCGUGUAUAUGAGGGGAAAGAUGGUCAACUGGACCCUCCUGGCUGUCCUGACUCCCUGGGGACAAGUGGGAAACUUGUAUGGGACCUACUAAACCCCUUGUUUAAUAAAGGUUACCACCUUUAUGUGGAUAAUUUUUAUAGUAGUGUCCGUCUGUUUAAAACACUUUAUGGUUUAUAGACACUGGCCUGCGGCACUGCCAGAAAAAAUUCCAUAUACUUUCCACGAUCUCUCAUAGAGGCAAAAUUAAAAAAGGCGAAUGUAAAGCACUUCGCAAAGCUGAAGUGCUUGCACUAAAAUUUAGGGACAGGAAGGAUGUCAACAUGCUAACCACCAUCCAUGACGUACGCAUGUCAGACGUCUCUGUCCGGGGCAGAGUAGAUUUCAAACCGGUUUGCAUCAGGGCGUAUAAUAAGAACAUGGGGGGGUUGAUUUGGCUGAUCAGCUGAUGCAGCCAUAGCUUAUUUUACGAAAAACCAAAGCAUGGUAUAAAAAAAGUGGCUAUCUAUUUGAUGCAAAUAGCAACCCACAACUCAUUUUUGCUUUUUAAAAAAAAAAAAAUCCAGGGAAAACCACCUUACUCCAAUUUCAGUUGAAAAUAAUUUCUUUAACGAUUUAUGGAGUUUCAACAACGGUGCAAGCUGAGUCCAGGCAUUUUAUUUUUAAGUUACUGCCAACUGCUAGGAAAAAAAAAACUCCAGAAAUUUUUUUACUAACUCAAUGUUUGACAAAGCCUGGUGGUAGAAUUAGUGCAUGGAAAGUGUUAAAAUACCACCAUGUGAAAUACCCUAGGAUGUCUACUUUUCAAAAAUAUAUGGUUUGAUGGGGGUAAAAUACAUUGGCCGACUUCAAAAAUGUCCCAAUUAGGACAUGCAUGCAGGUUGACUACAUGUCAAAAUUCCAAGCUGGGAAACUGAUAUGCGCACCUGCAAAAUGUGGCCUUUUAGUCCCCCCAACAACCCGACACACCUAUACAUGGGGGGGGGGUAUCCCUGUACUCGGGAGAUGUUGCUGAACACAUAUUGGGGUGUUGUUUGGCAGUGACACCUAACAGAAUCUGUGAAUUUAUACCUGAAUUGCAAUGUAUGUGAAAAAAAUAAACUAUCUAUGCAAAGUUUGGCAAAGGUUUGUGGUAAAAUUGCUGCAUAGAAAGUAUCAAAAUAUUCUUAGAUGAAUACCCUGGGUUAUCUAGUUUAAGAAAAAUAUAUACAUGUGGGGUGUUUUGGGGAGAUUUAUGACAUAACAGUGUUACAUUGUCACUAUUGAUACAUUUGAAAAAUGUAAAUUUUGAAACAGCAAUUUCCUACUUGUACUUAUAGCCCUAUAACUUGCAAAUAAAAGCAAAAAACACAUAAACUGGGUGUUUUUAAACUCAGGACAAAAUUUUGAAUCUAUUUAGCAGUUUGUUUCAUUCGAUUUUGUAGAUCAGUAAAAGAUUUAAGUAGAAGUCAAAAAACGUGUUUUUUAAUUUAUCACCAUAUUUUAUUAUUUUUUUAUAAAAUUAAAUUAUAUGGCAUGAUAAAAAUAAUAUGUAAAGAAAGCCCUUUUUGUCAUGGAAAAAAACAAUAUAUAAUUUGUAUCGGAACAGUAAAUGAGAGAGUGAAAAAUUACAGCUAAACACAAACACCACAAAAGUGUUAAAAUAGCUCUGGUCCUUAACGUACAAACAUCGCAAAAACAGUCCGGCCCUGAAGGGGUUAAAUUUGAAUAAUCAGCAUUUCAUGAUUCUUAAAGCUCCAACAUAUUCUGCAGCACUGUACACAGGGUAAAGUACUCAUCCAAGUAAUUGUAACAAAGCAGGUUUGAAAUACAGGAAGAAGAAAUGAUGAAUGCCCUGCUCACACAAGCUUUUAGUCUAUAAAGAAGCACUAACCUGUAAGUUGCUACUCAAAUUGACAUGCCACCCAUUUUCAGUGGCUGCCAUCUUGUUGAUAUGCAAUACAGCUAUCCGGAGAUACAUGCAUUAUUCUCUGCACACAUCUCAGUGCUUCCAUGCAUUCUGUUGUGUCUUAUAUUGAUUCACUGCUCUGUAUAGUGAUCAGUGUUAUGAUGCCAUGUAUGGUGUUGUAACUCUGUGCCCUGUAUUAUUAUUGUGCCACUAGGCUUUACUGGAGUAUUAUUAUUAUGUUACUAUUUAUAUAGCGCCAACAAAUUCCGCAGAGCUUUACAAUGUGUGGACGAACAAACAUGUAGUUGUAACCAGAGAAGUUGGACACACAGGAACAGAGGGGUUGAGGACCCUGCUCAAUGAGCUUACAUGCUAGAAGGAGUGUGGUAAAGUGACACAAAAGUUAAGGAUGGUAUUAGACUAGUAUUAGAGUAGUAAGGAAAGUAUAUGCAGAGAGAAGGAAAAGGGAAUUGGAAACUAACAAGUGUGUGUACUCAUGGAUGGUGCUACCUUUUCAUCAAGUAAGGCAUUCCCCUGGGUUGCCAACUUAAAGUUUUCCUGCUGGGCUGCCCCUGUCUGUUGUCAGUGUGCGCAUGUGGAUGUAGGUAUUGGGCAGCUUGUGUGUAUGGAGUUAUAUACUGGAUGAGUGUGUUUAUAUUGGGCCGUGUGUCUUUCUUUCCCUAAACCUCUGUCUCUCUCUAAAAGUCUUUCAGUCUCUGUUUUCUAAAUAUCUCAAAAGUAUCGCUAUCCUUUCCCUAAUUGUAUCCCUGGUCUGUUUCCGGUUUGUUCUCUUCACCGGAGCAUCUCCUUUACCUUAAAGGGACACUAUUGUCACCUAGAUAACUUCAGCUCAAUUAACUGGUCUGGGUGCAGUUCCCUCAGGUUUUAACCCUUCAGAUACAAACAUAGCAGUUUCAGAGAAACUGCUAUGUUUACAUUUGGGGUUAAUCCAGCCUCUAGUGGAUGUCUUUCGGACAGCCACUAGAAGCACAUCUGCGACGCUGGAUGCGAAUUUCGCAUCCAUCGCGCAGAGCGUCCAUAGGAAAGCAUUGAGAAAUGCUUUCCUAUGGACUCUUUGAAUGCGUGCUCGGCACCGCGCAUGGUCAUUUCGCUCCAUUAGGGAGCUGACUUUGGACGGGGAGGAGAGGUCACCAGCGCCGAGGGAGCCUGGCGCUGCAUAAAGGUAAGCUGCUGAAGGGGUUUUAACCCCUUCAACGCCACGGGAGGGCACACUCAGGGCACUAUAAUGUUAGGAAACCCGCUUUGUUUUCCUGACACUAUAGUGAUUGUAACGGGUUACCUGGCACCCCGACUGGGUACCUCUGUUGAAGGAUGCUUCCAGCGCUUCCUGAGGGCUCCGAGCACUCCAGCCGACACCGUAUACUUCGUUAAAGAGCAAGACAGGAACAAGCUCUUACAAGAGCUUGGUAGUGAUAUAGCAAGAGAGUAUGACUAGCAUAGCAAUCCUUUGUAGCAGGUUCCCCCAAUAAGAGACGGCACUCCAAAUUGAGGGUGAAGUAGAACUGAAGUUUUAAUGAAACACUCUGCUUUAAUGCGCAUUUUACAAACCUAGUACCGCCCACAGGGUUUUGAAGAACAACCAAUCAAACACGUAAUAUAUAGUAAAACACUACCAUUUCUUCCCACAAAAUCCUCCCCUCUGCCUGUGAUAUAAUUACGGAACACAAUGGGCUAACGUAAUUAUCACGGGCAGGAAAAUACACAGUUUUACACAAUAUUCAUAACUUUAAAAGUAUACAUCACAUUUUCAGAAUCGGUAUACUCCAAAUACAGACAUAUGGCAAAUCAUACAAAUUUGUCCAGUGGUUCAAAAGUUAGAUGGAAGUCCUAUCUGACUGAUUGCAAGCAUGGCUUGGGUGUGGUAAGCUAAUUAUCUCCAGCAUACAGAAAAUCUCUCUAUUCACAACAACAGCAAAAAUACAUAAUUCCUAUCAUACUGAACAGAACCCCCCCCAUUCAACCUAUCCCCAGAUAGCUUGGAUCUGAUCGAUCAAUAUGUUCGAACAGCGCUCAGAUACCACGAACUCAGUCAAAUCGUUUUAAGUUUAGCAAGGGCUGAUAUAGAGAUUGAGGAGAGACAAAGCAGCCAGUUCAAAUUAAAGGGGCAGAACAGUCUUUUAAACACCAAUACAAGUCCAUAAGCCCCAAUACUGUUUUUAAAGUGCCCAAUCUCCCAGGGGCCAUAGUCCCAAGGCAUGAGGCUGGCAAUCAGUCCCCUCCAAAAACUAGUGGCGAGGUCCCUUUCGCCACAUAUCUCCGCUUUGAAGGGUAGACUAACUAGGUACCUGACCUUCUGUCGGUCGGUGCCUGAGCUAGUCUGACAACCCACCCACAAUAACCAAGUACAAGAGGAGCCCCCCCACAACAAACAGGUACUUGGGGGGCAGAGGCCAGCUGCACUCUGCCCCGGCGUCAGCGCUUCUGCUUGGGCAGCUUGAUUAGGCCUUGGCUUGGGAGGGGAAAUAGUACUUACCCCCUCCUCCUGGUAUGCUUGCGAGGGUAGUUGGGGAUAUGGACAGGCUGUCCAGCAUCCCUGCAGGUCGGGCUUUUUUUAAAAAAUAUAUAUUUUAUUAAAGAGAUAUUGUUACAAUAACUUUUACAAUGAAAAAGAAAAUACCAUAAAUGUUAUAUAUAAAAAGAGUAAAUAUCAAUGUAUCCAGUCCAUAUGUAAAUCAAUGAUGAAAGUAUCGAACAGGCACUUUAUAGUCAACAAGCAAUAUGUGAUAACUUAUUGGUAUGAAUGAAAUUAAUAAGUAAAACAAAAUAUAAAAAAUUGGGAGGGGGAAAAGGAAGAAGGGAAAAAAAGGGGAAGGUUGAGUGUACCCAUCAACAAUCGCUUUUUCCCCCCAACUUAAAUUCCAACGACUAUAACCAUUUCUAGUAUACAUAACAAUACCUUGUUCAGAUAAUCCCAUAAUAGAAUAACAUUUUUGAUGUCAAACUAUUUUCCACAUACACUUCAGGCUUUUUGCUGUAAACACUAUCUUUUCAGAGAAAAUGCAGUUUUUACAUUACAGCCUAGUGAUAACUUAACUGGCCACUCCUAAGAUGGCUGCUAGAGGUGCUUCCUGGGGCAGUGCUGUACACUGUGCAUGAAGACACUGAACUGUCCUCUUAGAGCUGCAUUGAUUCAAUGCAUCUCUGUGACGAGAUGCUGAUUGGCCAGGGCUGUGUUUGGCUUGUGCUGGCUCUGCCCCUGAUCUGUCUCCUUGACAGUCUCAGCCAAUCCUCUAAGGAAGCAUUGUGAUUGGCUCAGGGAAUCACUUCUGAUGAUGUCAGCCAAGCAAGCAGAGGCAGCAGCUGCAGACUUGAAUAUGAUUUUACUAUAUUUAGGUAGUGGGGCUAGAUGGUAAUUUUAACACAAUAGGGUCAGGAAUACAUGUUUGUAUUCCUUUAAAUAAAAUGGCAUGUUUGACAAAUGUGUGACCCGUUGGAUGUUUCAUUGUGUAAGCCAUUUCUGUAAGUUGAGCUUUGAUUUUCUUAGGUUGUAGUAUUUAUUGUACAAACACAAAGAUAAAGCACAGCGCUUACAUCAGCAGUAGCUUAGUAUCCAACAGCUUAAAAUACAUAGUAAAAACAAAGAGAAUGUUGCCUGUGCUCUGGCCUAAAUCCCCAUGUACAUUUAAACAAAAUGGAGGCUCUUUAGUUUUAUUCCAAUGGCCAUUUGAAUAUAUAAGCUCAUCUGCCACGUCAAGGCAAGCCUCAAUAGGUGAGUUCCUACACUAGCCAUUAGAUAUGCUGAUAUCAGCCAAGAAUCUCCAGUAAGACAGGAAGGGGUAUUUUAUAAACUUUUUCACAUUUAACCCUUUAUAGGGCUUCUACACAUACAAUAAACUUUGCUGGUAUCAGACAAAGUGUAAACAUCUCUAAUGAGACACGAAGGGGUGUUUUAUAAACCCCUACAUACUUAACCCUAAAUAGGGCUAUAACUUACAAAUCACCUUGCUGGUAUUAGCUAAAAGGCAAAUUACUCUGAUGAGACAGGAAGGGGUGCUGCCCCUACAUACUUAUAAACUCUUAAUAAGACAAACAUGGGGAGGCUGGCAGCAAUGUAACAUAGCUGUGUGAUACAAAAUUCAUAUACAAACACAAAGAUAAAGCACCGCGCUUACAUCAGCAGUAGCUUGGUAUCCAAUAGCUUCAAAUACAUAGUAAAAACAAAGAGAACGUUACCUGCGCUCUGGCCUAAAUCCCCAUGUACAUUUAAACAAAAUGGAGGCUCUUUAGUUUUAUUCCAAUGGCCAUUUGAAUAUACAAGCUAAGGGGAUUUAGGCCAGAGCGCAGGUAACGUUCUCUUUGUUUUUACUAUGUAGUAUGUAUUGUAACUUGUGACUCUUAGUUACAGAGAUUACACAAAUAGUUUUGGUUGGGGCAAUAUUGCCGUAAUGGUUAGAUAACAUAUAAUUAGUAUUAAUUAGUAUUAAACAUCAUAGUUCAGGUGGUGUGCCUGAACCGACAAGGCAGUAGGCCUGUAACAAAAAGAAGUGUACCAUACAAAAUAUAUUUCUUCUACCAUACCUCAAAAUUACUUGGAUAAGUCCCCAAUGCCUGACAAAUUCCUAACCGGUUCUGGUAUAUGUAAUGUAUAAGUGGAUAAGGUGUUGGGUAGAGACCGUUCCCCAGUAACUUGGAAACUAGAGACAUAUGACUAUACAAAGCCACCAUUAGUUUGAUCCAUAUAACGUACCGGCGGGCUAGCUAUUGCCAAGUGGUGAAGAAUUCAACUAAUGAGGGUGACAGGUGAUGCCCUGCUGGUUGCCAAGCGGCAUGAGAGGCUCUAUCUAUGCGUUGGCCCGAGGGGAGGUAGAGGCCACCGAAACACGGGUGGCGGGGUAAUGGCCUCUCGGUGACUACUAAAGCAUAAGAUAGAAUGGGAGUGACAGGUGAGGCCCUCCCUAUGCAACAAUGUGAGGCGAAUAACUAUGCAUUGGGCCGAUGGCGUCGUCCGCCGAGUAUAAGGAUGGGUGUUGGUUUCGCAGGACCCUCAGACUAUGACAUAGAGGCCAGAAACCUACCAUAGUGGGCACCUAGAUCCCUAACAACCAAUACUAUCUGCUAGUAGGGAACCUCAGCGUGGACCCAUGUAGAAUGGAGUCCGAGAACCCAAUUAGACUGGAGUCUGAGAACUUAUGCCUCUGUGUGGCCAGAUAGUGGAUCCAUUUAGAAUAGCGACGGAGAACGUAUUCCUCUGCGAGGGCCAGAUUGUGGACCCAUUUGUAAUGGUGACUGAGAACGUAUGCUACAGUGUGGACCGGAAUAAGUGAAAGUGACCUACACCACAGGUGGACAAGGAAGGCAAACGCUGCCACGAAGGACGAGCUCCCCGGCAGGACAACGGUUGGACAAAGCACGCCACCAAGAUAAGCAAAACCUGGGCCUAAACCAUAUAGGAGGGAAACUGAGGAGGGUAUAGGAUCAUGGCAAAACAAAACUAUAAAACCGUGACCAACCCAGAAAAGGUUCAGAACCAACCGGUGAUCCAGGUCAAGGGACAGAGACAAAAGUACACCAGUGAGUAAGUGUGCGGUGCAAUAGAGCGCACCACAACGCCGAAAAUGUCAAACAAGAGAAAGGGAUAAACAAACACCAGACGAGUGAGCAGGGGCGCACCAGACAGCAAAACUCAACACAGAAUCAGAACAAUCAAUUAAACCAUGCCGAGCGACACUAAAUUAGCAAAAUACCUGUAGCUGCGUCACAGGUACCCACAAAACAAUGACAACCAGCUAUUAGUAUAGUAAGUGACAUACUGUAAUAAUUCAACAUGUGUAAGAAAUAUGCACCCAUGACAUAACCAGAAGUGAAAAUAAUGCACUUGGAACAUACAACAUGCAAAACCAAACAAUGACUUUUUUUAAAAUACACACUUCAUGUAUCAAAAUAGAAAACAAACUAUGGGGGGAUUAACAAUUACACACCAUUUGGGAAUAUAUCACGCACACAGAACUAAAGUGUUCACAAUUCCCUGGCUGCAUGACUUAUCAAACUCCCUAGAGGUUAGACCAAUAAACAGACUGGUAAUGGCAAGCCUACCAGCUGGCUGAGCACCGAGAGUGCUAGAUCCCGUAACAGCUUCGCUCCAUGCGAGUGUUAGAACCCAUACCAGCUGGCUGAGUACCAUGUGAGUGGCAAACCCCAUACCAGCUGGCUGAGUACCAUUUGAGUGGUAGACACCAAACCAGCUGACCGAGCACCAUGAGAGUGGCAGACACCAGACCAGCUGGCCGAGCACCAUGAGAGUGGCAGACACCAGACCAGCUAGCAGAGCACCAUGAGAGUGGCAGACACCACACCAGCUGGCUGAGCACCAAGAGAGUGGCAGACACCAGACCAGCUGGCUGAGCACCAUAAGAGUGGCAGACACCAGAUCAGCUGGCUGAGCACCAAGAGAGUGGCAGACACCAGACCAGCUGGCUGAGCACCAUGAGAGUGGCAGACACCAGACCAGCUGGCUGUGCACCAUGAGAGUGGCAGAUACCAGACCAGCUGGCUGAGCACCAUGAGAGUGGCAGACACCAGACCAGCUGGCUGAGCACCAUGAGAGUGGCAGACACCAGACCAGCUGGCUGUGCACCAUGAGAGUGGCAGACACCAGACCAGCUGGCUGUGCACCAUGAGAGUGGCAGAUACCAGACCAGCUGGCUGAGCACCAAGAGAGAGGCAUACACCAUACCAGCUGCCUAAGCACCAAGAGAGAGGCAUACACCAUACCAGCAGGCCGAGCACCAUGAGAGAGGUAGACCACAUACCAGCUGGCUGAGCAUCACGUAAGUGGUAGAUGUCCCAGCAGGGGUGCCAGAGGUCAGCCAUGGCAAUUAGUGGACCCAGGGAGCUGCAGGCGACAGCAGCCGGCGUGCCAGCGGUGUGCCAUGCUCGGCCCCUGGCUAGGUGGGUACUUACUGCCAGUGCGUGUGGGGAGUCUCAGCAGCUGGCGACAGGCGCAGCCGGGGUGCUGGGGGGAACCCGGUGAGCCGGAAGCACCCCUGGUCCAGAUGGCUAACUGAGAAGCACCAAUCAGGCAAACUGACUGUCUAGCAAUCAGACCUCGUGGAACAGAGAGGCGCCCGGCAGCAGCAUGACCUCCGUGAAGCGAUGGUACAGGAAAACCACGUGAGGUAAAGUUCAGCGGUCAGCAAACGUGAAGAAAAACAGGCAGCAAGCCAGGAGACCAGACCACGAGGAUACAGGUAAGUCCAACUCGCCAGACCAACCACUGUAAAGUGGGAGAGGAUUGGAUGCUCUAAUAAAGGGUACCCAAGCCCCUCCCACCACUACAGGCCCAGCCUUAAAUUUGUCAGAGGUGUUGCAAAGCAGAGAAAAAGGACCCACAGAGAAAUGUUUACCUCACAAUCUGCCUCAUGGCAUGGGGCUAACUGCAUAAAAUGGGUCUUUGUCAUAUGUAACUGGGGAGGGGGGAGGAGUCCCUUUAAGGUCCGAGCUGUAUGCAUACAAAUAGUGUCCUUUUAAGGUCUGAGCUAUAUGCAUACAAAAAAAAGUUUUGAAUAAUUUUGAAGAAUUGUCCACCUGUGUGAAUCAGAAUACAGAGCCAGUAAUACAGCUGCAGUGCUUCUGGGAGGUGUUGGUAACCUUUUAGGCGCUGAGAGAGUAAAAUUUUUGUCCUAUUGCUUGAAACCAUUUGAAAAACCUAAGGCUCUUUUCACCAUAACCACUACAUUAAGCUGUAGUUAUUAUGGUUUUUAGAACUUUUUAAAACAUUGUUGCCUUAUUAAUGUCGGUCGGUUUAGUAUGAAUAAAUCAGCUGAAAUAUCACAAGCAAACAAAAAUAUUGCCUAUAACGACACACAUUCAUUGCUCCCUAUGUAUAUUACUAGUUGUGUACAUACUUAUAUACCGAAUCUUGUAACAUCUUUUCAGACCCCUACAGUUGGCCUUAAUUGAAGAUAUUCUAAAGUUCUUUGCAGGAGCUCUCUUUUCUGGAGGGGGUUGGGAGCUGAGGGGGUUGGUGUCCUGUCGGAGUGAUUAAUGAUCCCUGGGGAAGGAAAAUAGGGAGGCAAUGUAAAAUACUAUUAUUCUACCCCCUGGUGCAGGAAUGCAAAGACUAUUGAAAAUAACCUUGCACAGAGACCUGGGUAACUGGUACUAAGAGUGUUUUAUACACUUGUAUGUGACAAAUAAAACUGUCAGAGCGCUGACAAAGAUCAGAAGCCAAAGGCUGCUUACUAUGAAAAGAAUUACUUGGGCACAGUGAUGCAGAAAAUGGAAUAUUGUUACUUGAGAAGGGAUGGGAUUUUAAAAUGGCAUCAUAAAGGCUGGGAACAUAGUAUUAAUAUAGAAAACUCUACAAAGAAGAAAUGUUAACUGAUCUGUAACCCAAAUCUUCUAUUUUUAAGAACAUAAUUUCCAAUAUGUCUUUGCUGCAGUUCACUGUGUUAUCAUUUGUACAUCUGUAUUUAUGAGGGAUUUUUUUUAUGAAGAACUUGUUUUUUUAGCCCAAAAGCAAACUAAAAGUUGUGAUAAAAGCUAAUAUAGCUUCCAACUUUAAAUGUGAAAACAAAUCUGUAACAGCUGUUGUUGCCUAAAUUUUGUAACUUGUUUUUCAGUUCUUUACAAUUAAACGGACACUAUAAGUACCAGGAAUAAAACACCUCCCCUGUGAAUAAAGGGUUAAAAACUGUGUACUUACCUUAUCUCAGGGCCGAUGUUCCUCAGUGCUGGGUCCUGGCUCUGCCUCUUCUGUCGUCCCGCGAUGAGUGGGUGCUAAUGCGCAUGUGUGGCAAAUGCCAUGCACAGAUUAGACAUUCCCAUAGGAAAGCAAGGGAAAAGUCUGACGCUGAAUGUCCUCAUUCAGAGUGUGAAGGCGUCCAGCGUUGGAUACCAGACCAAAGUUCCGUUAGGAUAAUGGAGGCGCCUCCAGUGGCUAUCUGGUAGACAGUCAGUGGAUGCAGACUUAGAGCUGCAAUGUAAAGUGCAAUAGGGACACUGCACCCUGACCACUUUUUAAUGAGCUGAAGUGGUCUGGGUGCCUAUAAUGUCCCUUCAAGCUUUUGGUGAGUAAAACUAUAGGUUAUGCUAUUUUGUGCACAUAUCUUUUGAGGAUUGGAUGGCAGUGAUUGGCUGAGCACAAUAUCAUUCUGUCCAAAGGUGGAUAAUUAUGUAAAUAAUGCAGGUUCAUAUUUCCGGGUAGAAACCUUCUUUUUGUCUGUAGCACAUUGUAGUGGUUAUAAUCAUAAGAGUUUUUGGGUGUCGUCUCAUGCUUUUUGUCAAACUGCUUUAGAGUGGCGUGAAUAAAUUGUGGUCCCUCGAGGAUGCUCUUGGCAGGAUUUACAAGUCAUGUGUCUGUUGGCACAAUAUUCUAAGGCGCCGCCUGCUCCCCAAGCAGAAAUAAAGCCGAUAAAGGAAGUAUAAUGAUUUUAUUAACUGGACAUUGCAGGUCUGAAUACAUCUCAAAACAUUUAUAUUUGACAACCGCAAUGUGUAAAUGUAUGUAUAUGUAUAUUUCUGUUCUGCUUGUAAUGUAUUGUGUUUGAAUGUGAGUGUAUUAUUAUUACCAUAUAUAUAGCGCCAGCAGAUUCUGUAGCGCUUUACAGUAUUGACUGUAUGCAGCUGUAUGCUUGCAAGGUAAAAGACUGAAGUGGUUAUGGUAAAGGGUGCUUCAAAGUUAGAGAUGCGUUAAUGUCAGAGUUGGAUUACAUAAGGUGUUUAGUGCUAAGAAGAUUAAUAGCUUGAGAGGGGUACCAGUUGCAGUAUAAAGGCUGUUUAGGAAUACUGAGUUUGGUAGAUCUAGUAUUGGGGUACAUGAAGUAUUUCGUUUUUAAGAGGAGUUAAAUAUAGGAUUACGGUGAAGUGUUUAUUUUCAAAUUUGGGCUUUAAGUUCUGGAAUUUGAAGGGUUAUUUGUAAAGUACUCACUCUUCUAUGUCUUGUGUAGAUCAGUCAGACUCCUCAGAUUUUUAUUAAAGCUGCAGGAGUGGUUAUACAGUGUGCAUCACUCCAUUUACCCUACUACUCCUGCAAGGCAUUUCCUGUGUGAGUUAUUACUAGUCUGCAGAUGGGAAGUGAUCUCUUCCUAUUCCUGUCCGUCCACACACAUUGACAUGGAGCAGUUGGGACAGUUAUGCGUUUUCCACCAUCUAAAAUUGUCCAAAGCUCCUGCUACCAGCCUAUUUCAGUUCAAAAAGUCACAUCAUAAGUGCUGAAGCUGGCCCUCUUAGUGGCCAGUGCUUACUCUGUCUAAUGGGAAAUGUAGCCCUGAUGGUACCCAUAUAUCGCCCCUCUGCAGCUGCACUGAUAUUGGUGAAAUGACAUUACUGAGUUCAGUGGCGUACAUACCGCGGUUGCAGGGGUCGCAGCUGUGACCAGGCCCGUCACUCUAGGGGCCACGGCCACCCUGCGGACCACUGCGACCGGGUGCCUGCCGCCAUGUGUUGCGGCCCCAGCCGCGUGGUAUAAUUGCCAGGGCCGAGUGUGAAGGAGUCCAUCGGGUGGCCUAUGCUGUUAGGGCCACCCGAUGGAAAUGAAUAUCAUCAUCAGAGUGGGCCCGGUAACAGCGCGACCAGGCCCCCUCUGAUAAUGUCAGUGCUGGGAGGAAGUGACUGCCCCGGUCACUCCUCCCUGCAACCACCGGGAGCCGCUCGGGAGGAAGGAGAGGGAGUCAGAGUGGGAACUCUGACUGCCAUCAACCUGAGCCACUGGACCCCAGGGAAGUCACCCUCCUGCACCUUAACGGUAGGUAAUAGGAGGGUGUCUAAAAUAUUUUCCAAUAUGAAAGCAAUGACUAGGACCAAAGAAAAAAAACAAGAAAAUGCAGGUCUAAAUAAUCCACAUGAAAGGACCACUAUAGUGCCCUGAGGGUGCCCCCACUCUCAGGGUCCCACUCCCGCCGGGCUCUGGGGAGAGGAAAGGGGUUAAACUUACCUUUUCUCCAGCACCGGGCGGGGAGCUCUCUGCCUCCGAUCCUCCUCUUCAGCUGAAUGCGCAUGCGCGGCAGGAGCUGCGUGCGCUUUCAGCCGGUCUCAUAGGAAAGCAUUUACAAUACAAUUUACAAUGCUUUCCUAUGGACGCUGGCGUCUUCUCACUGUGAUUUUCACAGUGAGAAGCACGCAAACGCCUUUAGCGGCUGUCAAUGAGACAGCCACUAGAGGCUUUGGAGGCUGGAUUAACCCUAUUAUAAACAUAGCAGUUUAUCUGAAACUGCUAUGUUUAUUAAAAAAAAAGGGUUAAUCCUAGAGGGACCUGGCACCCAGACCACUUCAUUAAGCUGAAGUGGUCUGGGUGCCUAGAGUGGUCCUUUAAGUCGGAUAACCACUGAUAUACAAAAACAAUGUUAUGAUACCUGUAUAUGGUAGUGAACCAGAAAAUACAUCCCAAACACAGACCCUAUCAAGGCACAUGAGAAGAGGGUGAAGACGGCAAACACAAAAUAGCCCCCAAUGUUUUGGCGCUAUCCGCCUUUAUUAAGGGUGCAUGUGGUAAAAGAGACAUAAUAACCUUUAUAUACUAACAUUUAAUAAAACAAUAAGAGACACCUGAGUGAAAUGGGUGGCCACCCAUGAAUGAUUGGAACUCCCACAAUCAGUCACAUGACUAUGGUUGGUAAGGAAACCAAUAAACAAACCCUGUUCAUCACAUUAUCAUAUAUAUGAAAUAUACAUAUUUAGACAAAAAAGAAAAAAAUAAGAAAAUAGAAGAGCAUGUAUGGAUAGGAUAUCACAUAAAACAUAUGAAGAACCAGAUGAUCCACUCAAAAAAUGCAGAAAAAAAUAUUAAUACAGAACAUAUGUUCAUGGAUUCUUUACUCAUAUAUAAGGCUUUUAUCCCAUACCUCAAUGAUCCUCAUAUCUUAUCAGGCAACAGGAGAACCUGAUAGUGACUACCUGUAACUUAUCUUGGUAAUUGUGUACAAUACUAUCCUCUCCGUGUUUAGCAUAACUGAACGAGGACCCGGCGGAACGCACAAACGCUCCACCAAAAAGGGCGUUCCAUCGAGUCACACAGCCCCAAACACGUCGGCGUCCAUCCGCCGGAAACCAGGCUGAACCACAGAGUCGCAUAUGCGCAAUGCAAAGAGAACUCUGAUCCACAAAGUCUCGCAUGCGCAGUGCAAAGAGACCUCCGAUCGGCAAGUGGAACUCACAGUGCGUUCCAAGAUGUGGCAGCGCUAGUCCCAUUAAGGGGGUCAAAUCCUGAACGAAACCCAAGUUAUGGACUGGUACUCGCCGGACCCAGCAGCCUCCCACAUUAAACAACCACGCGAUCUGGGAAGGCAAUCACAAGCGAAAAAACAGAGAACUGGACAAGCCAGUCCCCAACACCUACGAGAGAGAAGACCUAGAGGAGCCAUGGACGACUAACUAAUAUGAACAUAAGACGCCCAGAUGGAUCGGCAACACUCACUUCAACACAGGAAGUUCACCAUCCCAAGAUGACAACACCAGCAUACGGAACCACACGGAAGAAGGGAGAACGUAAUUUCAUAUACCCACUCACAGCGACCCCCGACAUAAUGGACUAAUUGGACUUACUAAUGAAUCAAGGCAGGACAUGUGAACACCCGCUGCAACCUUGAGCGACAAAUCACAACAGUCAGGAUACCCUGCUGGACUCUCAGCGCCAGGUCGUAUGCUCAAUGAUGUGUUUAAAAAAAAAAAUGUGCAUUUACAACACACAUGUGUUCACAGUACGACCACCCGGUAGAGCAUUUCCAGCUUAAACCUCAGAUUGAGAUACACAAAUAGGGAAACUGUUGAGACAACCCACACCAGAGUAAAGGAAAGAAAGAGAAAAAAAAAAAAAAAUGUAAGUCAAUACUUCCAACCACUUAGACCGUCCUCUGGGACAAAGGCCACGGUACCCGUCCCCCCCCAUAGGCCCCACUACACAACACCUAUACUCCACUACACUAGUAUAAGUUUAUAAGUUUUCAGCCUCACAGCUUACAAAGUACACUACGACAAAUAUCUAAACACCACAACGAACCAGAUACCACUCUUAAAUACUGUACCCACUCACCCCACCCUACGCUGAACUCAAUAUAACUAACGGUGUCACGACAAGCUGGCCUUCUGCAGACUCAGGGACAUCUCAGAGGCCGACACCAGUCACCAUAGUCGCACAUAAGCGACUGCACGUACAGUUGUACAACGGUACCCAUCUUCCGUGCUAGGAUUAGACCUGGCAAAUUGUAUAUAGUUUAAAAUUGUUAACGUUACCACUGUUUAUGUGAUUUUAUUUUAUUUUAUUUUAUUUGUGUACUGAACGGCACUAUACUUUGCACAGUGUAUACAUCAUCCAUUGUUACAAAGGGCUCAAGAUACCAUGGAACAUAAGCACCUACAGAGCAGGUCUACAAAUCCUCCAGGGGUAGGAGCACCCGGGGCUCCAGUCACUAUCACGGUCACCUCCCACAAUGCUAGGGGUCUUAACACAGCAGAAAAACGACACAUGGCACUAUCAGACUAUCAUAGACACAAGGCAGAUGUGGUAUUUAUACAGGAGACACAUUUUCGUAAGAACUCCGCCCCUUCCCUUAAAUCCAGAACCUAUUCCAAAGGCUACUUUAGCAAUUUUGUGGAAGCCAAAUCAAAGGGUGUAGCGAUUCUACUAUCCUCCCACCUACCAUUCAUAUACAUAGACCAACUCGCAGAUGACAAUGGCAGGUUCCUCUUUCUUAAAGGACUGAUAGGAAAUACAACAGUCACCUUGGUGAACAUUUAUCUCCCUAAUAGGAAGCAAACCCCCACCCUAUGCAAAAUACUGAACAAGCUAGAUACCUUUAAGGAGGGCCUAUUGAUAGUAGGAGGCGACUUUAACAUCUCCUUAGAUGGGACACUAGAUACCACCUCCCAGGCUCAAACAUACCAAGCCUCAUCUAGAACCCGCAUCCAGCCACUCCUAGACUCGCACCAAUUAUAUGAUAGCUGGCGUAUCACCAACCCAGCAAAACGCGACUACUCGUAUUACUCUCAUUCAUCAGGCACUUAUUCUAGAAUUGACAUGUUUCUCAUCCCUCACCGGUUCCUACACCUAGUCCACACAUGCGAGUACGCCACAAUUACCUGGUCUGACCAUGCCCCGAUAUCAAUGAGCAUCGCCAUCCCAUCGCUGCACCCUAAUAGAUCUCAAUAGAAAUUAAAUGAUAUCCUCUUAAACAAACCGGAGAUACAAACUCAAAUCAGGGAAGGACUGUCUCACUACUUUAACCAAAACACACAACGCGGAACUCCUUGUCCAAUUGUGUGGGAAGCUCACAAAAGCUCCAUUAGGGGAACGAUCAUCCAACUGGCGUCUAAACACAAAAAACACAGAGAAGCACAGGCAACUAAAAUAACCAAUGAAAUUAGAACACUAGAAGAUACGCACAAACAAGACUCCUCCCUCACUACAUAUGCGCGACUACUAGAAAAGAGGACGGAACUUAAUUCCAUCCUAAACACUCGCACCAAACACGCCCUGGCUAAAACAAAAAGCCUCUACUAUGCCCAAGGAGGAAAAUGUGGAAAACUCUUAGCCCAUGCCCUAAAAAAACAACGAGAACACACAUUCAUAGCGGCUAUACGCAAUAAAGAAGGGAAACUCUCGCAUUCAAUGACUGACAUAUCAAAGGCUUUCCACGACUAUUACUCAACCCUAUAUAACCUCCGACACACGGCCCCCCAGACACAGGACAUAACGGCGUUCUUAGAGAAGAGAAUACACCACUCCCUCCCAAACAACAUAAAAGAAUUCUUAGAACAGCCCAUCUCCACGGAAGAAUGUGCAGACGUAAUUAAACAUCUACCACAUGGGAAAAGCCCAGGGCCAGACGGGUUCACAGCAAAAUAUUACAAAACCUUCGCGAAGACACUCAUACCCCAUUUCGUAAACGCAUUCAACUCGCUGCUACAAUCAGACAAGCUCCCACCCCAGGCCCUUAAUGCAACAAUCACCCUCCUCCCAAAACCGGGCAAAGACUUAACCCAAUGCGGCAGCUACAGGCCCAUUUCCUUAAUAAAUGCGGACAUAAAAAUCUUCACGAAAAUCCUAGCCAACAGACUGCGCCCGAUACUUCCAGGAUUGGUACACGCAGACCAAUCCGGUUUUAUUCCGGGCAGAGAAGCCAAGCACAACACCACCAAGAUCUUGAACCUCAUGCACCACGCCACAUGAGCCGGGCACCCCAGUCUGCUCCUGUCAAUUGAUGCUGAGAAAGCGUUUGACAGAGUAGACUGGACCCUGAUGCUACAGACGCUUAAACACUUAGGAUUUGGGCCACACUGGCAAAAAUGGAUCUCUGCGAUCUAUUCAUGCCCAACCGCCAAUGUCCGUAUAAAUGGACAACUCACUGACCCGGUAGUAAUCUCCAACGGCACCAGACAGGGGUGCCCCCUCUCCCGCUCCUCUUUGUUCUUGUUUUGGAACCCUUUCUGCAGGGGAUCCGGGACAACACUAACAUCAAGGGCAUCCGGGCGGGGACGGAGGAGCACAAAAUAGCAGCAUUUGCCGAUGAUGUGCUUUUCACCCUGGCAGAUCCAGUAGCAUCAAUACCCCACCUGAUGUCAGAAAUGGCUGCCUACAGUACACUCUCCAACUUUAAAGCAAACAUUAGCAAAUGUGAGAUCCUCCCGAUACACAUUGAAUCACGAGAGAAAGAUGCCCUGCGCAGGGAUCACAAAUUCACAUGGGCAACACACAGUAUCAAAUACUUGGGAAUCAACAUCACCAGGAACCUUUCCCAAUUAUUCGAGAACAACUUCCCCGAACUGACAAGGGCCAUAACGUAAGACCUCACCACAUGGAACAAGCCACACUUUGGGUGGUUCUGUAGGACGAACAUCCUCAAGAUGAACGUCCUACCCAGAAUACUAUACAUACUACAAGUGCUCCCUAUAACUAUUCCCAAGUCCUGGUUCACUACAGUCCGAAAAACACUCACCACAUUUAUCUGGGCUCACAAGCCUCCACGAAUAUCGUACUCAUUACUCACAAAACCAAAAGACAGGGGCGGCCUGGGUCUGCCCGAUGUUGAAACAUACCACAACGCAAUACUGCUAUCCAGGAUAUACGACUGGUCCCUUCCACAAUCCGGGAAACAAUGGGUGAACUUAGAAGACACCUUUUUCAGAGUACCUAUUUACACGAUACCCUGGCACAAAUCAGGGCAAGUACUAAUGCUCCACAACCCACAUCCUACCAUCACACCGACCCUUCGCAUGUGGGCGACCAUACGCACGCACAAUCUGUUGUCUCCUUACCCAUCGCCACUAUACCCGCUCACACACAACCCCCUAUUCCAGCCGGGAGUAGACGGCAAAUCUUUCCAGGCUUUCCAUACAACGCCAUAUCUAACAUUAGAGAAUGCCUUGACAACUGUCGGGGCAAAAGUAACAAAGCCCUUACAGGCAUUUAUAGCUGACCCCACGGCUAUGCAAACAUAUCAAUACAGGCAACUAACACACUUUAUUCAAUCAAAAUCCCUAACCCUCAACGGCAGCCGUGAACAGACUAACUUUGAAAAAUGCUGUUCCCUCCAAUCCAUAAGAACAAAACACAUAUCAACAAUGUACUCCCAAGUUCUAUCCACAAGGCCACAACAAUUGCCGGCCUUCACUACCACUUGGGAAAAAGAGUUAAACCUAGUAAUACAGCCCGACAAAUGGAAAAAUGUUUUUAAACAAAUACACAAAUCCUCAAAAAACACAACCACACAGGAAAGCAACUAUAAAAGAAUAACGAGGUGGCACUACACGCCCUCAAAACUACACUCCCUAUUCCCCGCAACCUCCAAACAAUGUUGGCGCUGCCACUCAGCAGUGGGCACCACCUCGCAUAUUUGGUGGACAUGCCCAGUGAUACAAAAAUUUUGGACACGCAUGGCGGGCCUGAUCCACACCAUACUUAAGAUAACUGUUCCCUUAGACCCAGACACAUACAUAUUCCUUCUCACCCCAUACGGCUUACCGAAACAUACGGCGGCCCUGCUCAUACAUCUGAUAACAGCUGCGAACCAGCUUAUUCCAGCCUUAUGGAAACAACCAAAUCCCCCGACCAUACGCGAGUGGAUACAAAAAGUAGAAAAUACCAGAAGUCUAGAAGAAACGUGUUAUGCUCUAUCAAAUCAAUACCAACAAUACACAGAGACCUGGUACCCAUGGACCCAAUACCUCCGACAGACCACUUAGAGACCGAGGACACUCUACCCACCUCCCCCCCCCCUUUUCCUCCCUGGGAAUAGGAGCCGGCUCACAUGCAACCGUAGGGAUGUAGGAAAAGGUAGUGGAACCCCAAUAUUACUGCUAUCCCUAUAUACCCAACGCAAAGACACAAUUUCAUAUCUGAUCUCGCACUGCUAAUUAUAUGAUUUUAUGAUUACCUGACCAAUGUAACACCUAUGUUCUGUACCAUGUACUUUCAUAUACCUGUCAAACUUAAGUGAUGAAAAUGUUGUACAAUAUACUGACCUUAAAAAAAAUAAAAAAAAAUUAAGGGGAUCAAAUAGGCAUGCGCACAAAGCCGAUCAAGCUCCCUAUUAGCCAUAAGUAGAGUGGAAAUAAUGUAGAUCACCAUCAGUGAAACUGACAGUGUCAUGAAAUUGUGCAAUGAACCCGUGGACAGAAAAUGGACAUAGGGCAGACAGAUAACCACAAACCAAAACAAAUAAAAUACAGGGAAAGUUAAGAAAAGAAAUAUAUAUCCCAACAGAAUAAUAAAAUAAAAGAAAUCAAAUAAAAUGAGACAAAAAAGAAAGAACAAUUGAUGAUCAAAAAAACAUACUUUUUCCACCUGCACUGUGAAUGUUUACAUGGUGUGUUAAAUAAAAACAUGGCAACAUUUCAUUCUUUGUGUGUUAUUAGUUUAAGCAGACUGUGAUUGUCUAUUGUUGUGACUUAGAUGAUGAUCAGAUCACAUUUUAUGACCAAUUUGUGCGGAAAUCCAUAUCAUUCCAAAGAGUUCACAUACUUUUUCUUGCAACUGUAUGUUGAAGUAUAUUGUUAUCCUAUAUUGUCCUUGUUGAUACCUGUUAUAUGUGAGCCUGCACAAUAAAGUUUUUUGCAUUUUUAUUGGUUGUGCUCCUCCUUUCAUUAUUAUAUGUAUGAAUGUUUGUGCCUGUCUGGCAGUAUGUGUCUAUGUGUGUCUUUAUGGGGUGGCGGUGAGGCCCCAUGGAUCAGUUUUUGGGUGGAGGGGCCCAUGGAUCAGUUUUUGGGUGGAGGGGCCCAUGGAUCAGUUUUUGGGUGGGGGCCCCAUGGAUCAGUUUUGCACAGGGGCCCCAGGGUUUGUGUGUACGCCACUGACUGAGUUUGAGUAUAAAUAUAUCCAAACCCACUACUGUCUCAGCCUAUACAUUUUUUCUAUUUUUUACAAUGAGUAAACAAAUGCUAGUAACUUGCUUUAAUAUUGUAAACGGCAUGGGUUCAUGUUCCUAGCCAUGCAUUUGGAUGCCAGCCAUGAUCUGAUCUGUUACAAAGAAGUACCAUGUAACACUAGAUUUUUUCCUCUGUCCUCCUGAUCACCUGACAAGCCAGUUUUAUCACCUUGCUCACACUACACUUUUAAUCCAUUUCAGGACUUUUACACCCAUACGCAUGGACAUCAUCAGCAAUGAGUCUAAGGGCAGCCUGUCACCCUAAUGCAUAUUGCACUCCAUAAUUGCUUAUCUUAUUGUGGGUAGAGGGGUGAUUCAGUGACACUAAUUACGUCAGAUAUGCCCAUACUCUGCCCCUCCCUCUCUCCCGAUAUAAGGCCUUCCACAUUGAAAAUGUCUGUUAUACAUAGCUUUCAUUUUCAUUAAGCCAUUAUCUCUGCUGGUUUCAUGUGCAUUUAAAGGAUCAGACUAGUCAUUUUUAAUCCCCUGUCUUCCAUUAUCUAUUUAAAAGAAAAAGAAAAAAUCUCUACUUGUUGCUUACCUGCUAUCCAGCGCUUCUUCUGUUCUGAGGUCAUCAAGCUUAAUGACAUUUGUCCAAUCAAAUUAAGGACAUAUGGCAGAUUUGCAGCUACUGCCAUAAUCUGCUAAUACAAUGCAUUCUGUCAUAGACGAGCAAGGCAUGCACACCCACCAUCUGGUGUCAGCAUACUUUGCAUGAUGAUGUAAAAUAAGUUCUUUAUUCAAUUUAUUUUAGUCCAAGGCCUGGGGUUGCUGUCUAAAAAACAGCCACUAAAGUCGUGGAAAUUGCAAAUUGUAAGCUUUGCUAUGCCUCUGAAACUGCACUGCUUUCAUUUGGAAUUAUGACAGCACCACAUUGACUGCAUGGUUGGGAUAGAGAUAAAAUACUUAGCCUGGCUGUGUGUAUCCAUAGCCAAUAAAAACUUUUAGGGUUUUUACACAUGCAGUCUGCCGUUUUGGGGGCCUGUACAGGUGAGAAAUCUUUUAGGUCUUCUAAUAAAAAUGUUAAUUCUGCCUACUUUAGAGGGCAUUCUUAUCAGUCCCACGUCUUUUUAUGGGACAAGACAACUGCUUUUUGUCCAAAGCAUCUUACCUCUCUUCUUUAUAAGCGAUUCUUAUGCAAGGAUAUACAAAUCAUUCCCAGGUUUACCUGGCAUUUAACUAGCACUUGUAUCUGUUGCAGGAUAAUUUGAUUGCUCUCUAUGUAAGUAAUUGUAUCAUUGUGUAUUUUUCUAGUAACACGGUCAACCUUUUGAGCAACGUACCGGUUUCCUGUCUGGAUGUUCUCAUCAACCCCACCAAGGAAAAUGAAGCAGCAAAUAAGAAUGAUGCAGAUAUGCAAACCAUUCAAGUUUUGCUAAAUUUCAUGGAGAAGCGAAUAGAUAAGGUAUUUGGAAUAAUGAGAAUUAAUAAGUUACUUGAAUGCUUUAGAUAUAUUGGAGACAUAUGGGUAGAUUAACAGGACCUUCUGGCUCUCCCUUCCGCCGGCAAGGAGGUGGGACGUGAGGUCAGAUGGACAACCGGUAUGAAGUCAAACCAUUUUUAAACUGCUUUACUACUUACAAAGGAGGGGAUGCUGUUGUGGUUAUGGUGCUUGGAGUUCUCCCUUAACCCCUUAAGGACCAAACUUCUGGAAUAAAAGGGAAUCAUGACAUGUCACACAUGUCAUGUGUCCUUAAGGGGUUAAAGGACCACUAUAGGCACCCAGACCACUUCAGCUUAAUGAAGUGGUCUGGGUGCCAGGUCCUUCUAGGACUAACCCUGCCUGCUGUAAACAUAGCAGUUUCAGAGAAACUGCUAUGUUUUUAGUUUAGGGUUAAUCCAGCCUCUAGUGGCUGUCUCAUUGACAGCCGCUAGAGGCGCUUCCGCGCUUCUCACUGUGAUUUUCAUAGUGAGAAGACUCCAGUGUCCAUAGGAAAGCAUUGAGAAUGCUUUCCUAUGGACUGGCUGAAUGUGCGCGCGGCUCUUGCUGCGCAUUCAGCUGAUGAUAUCAAAAGAGGGAGGAGAGUCCCCAGCGCCUAGGGAGCCUGGCACUGGAGAAAGGUGAGUGUUUAUCUCCCCCUUCAGCCUGUCGGGAGUGGGACCCUGAGGCACGAGUUUGUUUUCCUGGCACUAUAGUGGUCCUUUAAUACCAAACUGCAACAUUUAGACUAAAAAAAACAAGCUUCGACUAUCUCUUUUUUUUUUUUUUUCAAAAACAAUUAUUUUUGCCUACAGGCAAAGCGUUUACUUAAACAAGAUAAGAACUACUGAUAAGACUUUUAAACUGUUGAAACAUUUUAUACCUAACAUUAAGCAGUUGUACUCGAUAAAUGGUUUUGCUGCUUAAAAUGAAGCUGCUAAAUAAAUGUGCAUUGAAAGUACUUUUAUCAGCCUUCUUAGUGAUGAAGUCUGCUGAUAAUGGGGUGAACAUACUAUUGUCCUGCUGCUUCUCUCAGGGGCUGGGUGGAUACCCUCUGCAUCUUCAUUUAUUAUCUCAUAGACCCCACCCACCACUCAUGGGUGGGGCUGGAGAGGACACAAGGAUGCUUCCCCCAUAUUUACAUUUGGUAGAGUCCCCACCAGCUGGACAUGGGCGGGGCAAAGGGGUGGACUGUGACUGGUCCGCCCCCCAUUAUUUAAUUUUAAAUCACCUGUGCCAGAUCCCCCCCUGUAUUUUAUUGAUGACUGGGUAUCAACAGGUACCCAGUUGAUACUUGUUCCAGUACUGUGAUUGGCUGCUCACUGUUUAGUAGGCAUGCCCCCUCAUGUAGCAUGGAGAGUGGAUGCAUAUGGAAGGUGUUAAAACUCUAUUAUACUAAUGUGGUGGUCAUAUUGACCCACAUGGGCUUUUUAAAACUAUUUGCCUGCGUGCUGCUAGUGGGUAAAUAGUAAACAAAAAGCACUUAUCAACAAAUUUCAGUUACUGAAUCAAAUUAGGCCAAUUAUUGAGAAAUAUGUGCCUAAUAGUGAAAUUAAAUCAGGUCAUACAAUAUGUUCAAUGCAUACUAUAGAUAUUGUUUCUAGUAUUCCAACUAAUAUUUGUUUGCUUUGUAUAAGUCUUUAACAGUGGUAGUGUAAUCAAUGAAAACCGAUUAAAAGGAUUAUUGGAAUAAAACUGCCUAUAAAGUGUAUCCAUUCAAAGAAACGGAUACGCUUUAUAGGCAGUUUUAUUCCAAUAAUCUAGCCAUUAGGCUUGUUCAAAAAUCUUUCUUGUGAGUUAAAAUUGUAAUGUAUAAUUGCACUCCUUAUUGCAUCGUGUAAGUAAAAGCAGUCAGUGUGUAAACCAUUUUGAAUUUGUUUUGAAUGCUAUAGUUCUGAAAUGUAUUUCCAUCAAAAUGUAAUAAAUAUCGGAUUUCCAGAAACAGUGUUUGUGACUCUACAGUAAAAUGCACUGUGACUGAAAUAGAGUACCAAUUAUCUCCAACCAAGGUAUAAAUAAUUUUGUUUUUGCUCAUUGGAUUACUCCUAAAUUGAUUUAAUUUUCAUUUGCUGUGCUAUUUUUUGUCUGUUUAAUAUCACAUGGCCUGAAGGCUGUUGUGUUUUUAUUUCAUGUCCUGUGUUUUAGGGCUGCAGUUACCGGGAGGGGCUGACUCCAGUUCUCAGUUUGCUCACAGCAUGCUCCAGAGCACACAGGGACAUCCGAAAAUUCAUUAAGGCAGAGGUGAGACUGCAUUAUUUUACAUCAGCCACGAUAUAUUUUUUUAAAGGGGCAGUAAACUAAAAACAUUCUAUAGCAAGAACCCUGUAAAGUGACUGCCCCCUUUCCUUUCUCUUAUGUAGCACUAUAGAACAUCUAAAAGGCAUGCAACAGGGUCACUCAUUGGGCAUAAUCCAUUUUAAAAAGUUCCCUGCUGCAAACCAGAACAUUGCUCAGAUCAAAUAUAAAAAAAAGUCCUGCGCUCAAACGCCCAUUACUCCUGGGCAGCAGCAACGACCAUAGUACACAUCAGCCCAAAUACAUACAGUAAGAAAGAAAAAUAAAAGAAAAAAGUUAUCUGCGCUCUUUCCCAAAUCCCUGUGUAUAUAUAAACAAAUGGAGGUUUUUAGUUACCUCCAAUGGCCAUGAGAGGGUAUGCACACCUGCCACGUCAAGGCAGACCUCUUAGUUGGGUCCUAACUCUAACCAUUCACCUUGCUUCCUUGAGCUUCUGGCAAAGAUAUCUCUAAUGAGACAGAAAGGGGUAUUUUUUAUAUACAUCCCUACAUGCGUGUUACCCCUUAAUAGGAACACACGGGAUGGGCAGCAGCAUUGUAACAUAGCUGUGUGUUACAAAAGUGAAUACAAAUAUAAAAAAAACAAGUCCUGCUCUAAAACUCCCAUUACUCAUGGGUGGCAGCAAUGACCAUAGCACAUAUUGCGCAGAUCAAGUACAGCUGGACCGUGCUUUAUGCAAGUCUGAGUUUUAAAAAGUUCCCUACUGCAAACCAGAACAUUGCUCAGAUCAAGUACAGAUGGAGCAGUGCCUUAUGCAAGGAGGACACUAUCAACCCUUAAUACAGGACACUAUCAUUUUAUUGUAUAUUUUUUAAACAAUGUAUCUUUAACCACUAUUUCUUUGUCAUUGUGAAAUACCUGGGCGUGCUUGUUCUUUAUUAUAUGUGUGUAUAUGUUUGUGUGUGCGUGUGUGUGUGUAUUUGUAUAUGUAUGUGUAUACAUAUAUAUAUAUAUAUAUCUGCAGCUUGAGGCUGUGCGCCAAAACCAAUUCACAGAGGUAGAAAAGUGGAUAGCUGAUAACAAACUCUUCCUAAACACUGACAAAACCGUUACAAUGAUCUUUGGAACUGUACCUAAAUUACGUAAACUAUAAAAUCAGCAAUUGUGUAUCAGAACAAAGUCAUAUAGCACACUGACAACAGUUUGCUCUUUUAAAUAUCUAGACCCCAAUCUAUCUUUUGGCCUUCACAUUGAAAAAAAUCUCUUCAAAACCUUACCCAAAACUCGGUGCUCUGUACAUUAACAAAUCCUGCCUAAGCUCUACAGUAAGGAAACAGAUAGUGCACUUUUAAAAGACCUUUUCUGCCCCUUUGAUUCCAUGGGAGACUGUGCCACUUCCCAUCCCCAUUUAAUACCUAUCCCUUUGUUCUUGUAACCGCAGGUGGUUCCCUUAUUUACUACUGUAAUGUCUUAAAGCAUAGAACUUAGUAGGGCUAACCAUACAGAUAUCUUAGCCAUAAUUUUAUAUAGUUAGUAAGAGAUCCUCUAUUUAACAUAUAUAAAUAAUUGAGAAUACAAUAUAAAAUAAGGAUUGUCUUGGAAGCAAUAGUUUUUGUCUUUUUGGAUAUUUAUUAUAUAAAAAUAUAAAUAUAAAAUCCAUUAUAGCAGAGUUUAUAAGAUUAAACUAAAUGCUUGCAAAUAUCAUUAAUAGUUUAACAUACCCUUCUGAACAUGUCAUCAUGUCAGCCUCUCUGUCAUUUUAAGAUGGAGCAGCGUCUGUCUCCAAGUCUCUCCUCUGUGUCAUUUAAAAGUACACCUAUUUAUACCUUAGGUGUCUCCAUUUUAGGGUUACCGUAGUUCAAAUAUGAAAAAGUAACACUUCUUUUACUUUAUUCAUUUUAGGACCUCCCUUAAAUUUGGCAAACAUACAAGGCCAUAACUAAAGGGUGCAUAAUAUUGUAAAGCGCUACGGAAUCCGUUGGCGCUAUAUAAAUGGCAAUAAUAAUAAUAAUAUGUCAUGGAAAUUUUCCUGACUUAGUUCAAGAUGGCAUCUUAAAGUCUGGACAUCCUUAUCUACUUAAGGUUACCACAGUAUAUUGUGUACUGAAAGAGUCGUAGCAUAGCCUUGAAACUUGUUUAUGCAUUAUUGAUAUUGUAAUUCGUCUGGGACAAAAUGGCGCAAACAUAUUAUGCACUGAGGUUAUUGCUUAAAGAAACAGUUAUGAAAAACAAUAUGUUCCAUUUCUAACACCUUGUCAGUUUGCAAUAUCUCGUAAAGACAAAGUACACAGUUUAAGAAAUACAACAUUGCAUUCUAAAACUUGUAAUAUUUGCAUUUGCCCAUAACAUUCUCCAGCAGGGCGUUGUCCCAGGGACACUGCCAGACCAGUUUAAACUGGCUGCUUUGUCCCUCCUCAGUCUCUCAUCAGCCCUUGCAAAACUUUAACCCCAUGGCAAAUUUACUCUAUUCGUGGAAUCUGAGUGCUGUUCACCUAUAUUGGGCGUUCAGAUCCGAGCUAUCUAGGCAUAGGUUAAAUGUGGGGGUUCUGUGUGAUAUAAUAGGAAUUAUGUAUUUUUAUGUAUUUUACGGUUUGUGUAAGAUGGAGAUAUUUUCUGUACCUGGAGAUAAUUGAGUUUACUGCAGUUCCUUAAGCCAAUUAUCUCCAGGAUAGAGGGGAGGGAUUUUACUGUGUAUGUGGGAGUGUUAUUUUGUUAAUUAGUGUUCCCAUUGGUAUGUGUCCCUUUUGUCACAGUUUACCACGAGGUCCAGGAGGUGUGCCUCUGGCCUGAAAAAUUGCAUAAAAGAAAGACCUUUGGUGCUGAUUAAACAGAUCAUCUUGUACCUUCAUGAAGUUUCGGCUCAUGUUUGGGGGAUUGGAGAACUACACUCUGGGGAUUGCUAUAAUCACUUUACUCCCCAGAGUAUAAAAACUAAGCUCUGCUAAGAGCUUGUUCCUGUUCCUGCUCUCUGGAAUUCGGAGAGGUCGACCUACUGGAAGCUGGACCCUGGUCUUGGGUCCAGAGUGGGUGGAGACGGCGAGACCCCAACCAAGCUGCGGCGGUUUGUGGGAGUCUACAGUGGUUAUGGUGUCUGGCGGAGUGCUUGGAGUUCUCGGGAAGUCCUUGGAGCAUCCAUCAACGGAAGGUACCCGGUCGUUACACACCUUAAUAAACUUAAUAUGUUAUAUAAUUCAUUCUGCCGUUUUGUACUAGAAUGUAAUUACUUUACCCACCACUGUGACAUGUUAAGAGCUAAACUGGCUGUCGCUGGAAUCCCGACGCACUCUUCAUCUUUCCAGCCUUGUUCAUAAGAGCAUUUCUGGGAAGCUCCCACCCUGCCGGAGUAGAAUGCUCUCCCUGGCUGUUCCCACCUCCUAUAACCUCCGAUCCAGUAUUGGCACGAUAUUUAGCACACCGCAAUACAAAAACAAAGUGGCUUGCUCCUCCUUUUCUUACUGAGCACCGCAAUUAUGGAAAAACCUCAGGGACACUGUCAAAUUUUCAUUCAAUCUAAAAUCUUUUAAGAGAUCUAUGGCAAUAUACCUCAGCACGGAAUGCACCUGUCAUGGUUGAAUAUAUUUAUUACCUGUUAUGUAUUAAAUUUAUAUAUAUAUAUAUAUAUAUAUAUAUAUAUAUAUAUAUAUAUAUAUUUUUAUAUAUAUAUAUAUUAUAUCCUAUUGUAACAAUGCAAUGUUUUGUGGACAAAGACCCAGGACAUACUUGAAAACGAGAGAAAUCUCAAUGUAUCCAUCCUGGUAAAAUAUUUUACAAAUAAAUAAAAUGUGUACGUGCUUAUUCAUACAUAUAUUUUGUAGUUUGUCUUGUUCUGCAGGCUAAAGCUAGUUGUUCCUGCCCUACUCAUCAUUGUUGGUUUGCUAACUUAAAUGUUAUUCAACAAUCUGCUUAUCUCUAAAGACUUUCUCUUUUGUUUCUGUAAUUUCCCCCCACUCCCCUUAUUUUAUUGAUACCCACCUGAAUGGUCUUGCUUGACCAAUCCUCACCUCCUCUGUGCAUCUCCAGUCCAUAGUUUUAUUGCAGGCCUUUUUCUACCCUAUCAAAACUCUGAGUCAGUCUGAGUUUUAAAAAGUCACCUGCCGCAAACCAGAACAUGCUCAGAUGCCACCUCGCCCCCAGCUCCUUACUACAUUUAUAGAUAGAAUCUCACACACAACUUUAGAUGAUUAGAAAUGACAUAUGCAAACAUUGCCAGUAAUUCGCACACUCAUUUCCUUAACCCCUAAUACUCAGUCCUAACUCUCCUUACUUCUGUUCAUUCUGCUUUCCUCAAAGUGCCUACUCAUAGGAACAAUGUUCUAUCUUCUCCUUUUCUCUCAUCUCCGUCAGCAUCAAAAUAUCUCCUUACACCCACUUCCCUCAACAACACAAUCACAUUUACAUUAAUCCCUCUCUUCUACACUCCCCCCUUCUCUCAUCUCAAGCCCUGCACUAAUUUCUCUCUCUCCUACUCUAACCCAAUCUCAUCCUAGACCCCGCCCAUAUGAAACCCAUUUACACUUCCUGUCACUAUCUCUCCUCCUACUUCUAGCAGCUGGUGAUGUCUCACCCAACCCGGGGCCCUUUACCUCAUAUGCUCACACUAAGACAACCAGAAACCACACAAACCUCAUCCAAAUACCCUGCAGUUUAUCCUAAUAUACUACCAUUCAGUGUGCACUCCGGAACGCCCGUUCCAUCUGUAGUAAUAUUAAAUCAACAGCUAUACAUGACCUCAUCAUCUCUAACUCACUCACGAUAUUGGCACUCACUGAGACCUGGCUUUCCCCCUCUGAUACGCUACUCCCACCUCUUUAUGUUUCGUUGGACUACAAUUCUCCAACACUCCAAGACUCAACUAUAAAGGAGGCGGUGUAGGCAUCCUUCUCUCUCCUCAAUGUACCUUUCAACCUAUCCUCCCUGCCCCUGCCCUUUCCUUUACUUCCUUUGAAGUUCACACUGUUCACCUUUUAAAGCCCACUCCUUUAAGAAUUGCCAUCAUCUAUCGCCCCCUGGUCAUCCUAGACUAUUCAUUGAACACUUUUCUUCCUGGCUACCCCACUUUCUCUCCCCUUGAACUCCCUCCCUCAUACUUGGGGACUUUAACAUCCCAAUCAACAACCUCAACUGCCCUGAUGCCUCCUGUCUGCUCUCUGUAACCUCCUCCUUUGGCCUCACGCAGUUGUCUACGUCAGCAACUCUUACAGCAGGAAACACUCUUGACCUCAUCUUCACCAAUCUCGGUACCACCUCUAAUCUCUCCACUGUUCCAUUUCCUUUGUCUGACCACAAUCUGCUAACCUUUAACAUCAGCAUACCCCGUACCCAAAUUUCUCCACCCUCAACUCUCCAAUCUCACAGAAACCUCAACUGCCUUGAUCUCCAGCUUUUCUCCACCAAACUCCAAACUCUCCUUUUACCCAUCUCAAAUUGAAUUUACCCUAACUCUGCAACCUCAUUCUACAACUCAACACUCUCCUCUCAACUUGACAUCAUGGCACCUCCUACAAUUAAACGCAGCAAGCACCCACAAUUACAAUCCUGGCACAGCAAGCUGACCCGUUACCUCCAAAAAUGUUCCAGAACUGCUGAACGCUGCUGGAGAAAGUCUUACUUUGCAUCUGAAUUCCUCCACUAUAAAUUUAUGCUAUGCUCCUACAGCCUGGCUCUUUCUUCUGCAAAAGUAAAUUACUUUAACACCCUCAUAAGUACACUGUCACAUCAACCCAAACACCUAUUUUACACCUUUGAUGCUCUUCUUCGCCCUUUUACUCCCCCUCCUUCUACCACCUUGUCUGCCACAAACUUUGCAUCUGAGCAGAUCUCUACAAUCAGAGAAGAGAUCUCUAAUUCUUCUCCUACCAAUACAUCACCCAAGCCCACUACCUGCACCACUCUACACUCAUUCGCGCCUACUACACCAGAAAAGGUUUCUGCUCUGCUCUGGUCCUCCCACCCCACCACCUGUUUCCUUGAUCCUAUUCCCUCCUAUCUCAUCCGUACUUUGUCUCCCUCUCUUGCUCUUCCUCUCACUAAAACUUUCAAUCUCUCCCUUACCUCUGGCACAUUUCCCUCAUCCUUCAAACAUGCAACUGUAACCCCUAUUCUGAAAAAGCACAACCUUGACCCCAACUCGCCAUCCAACUACCGCCCCAUCUCGCUACUGCCAAGCUCCUCGAGAGAGUUGUGUACACCAGAUUGACUGACUUACUUUCUCAAAUCCAACUAUCAGCUUGACCCCCUUCAGUCUGGAUUCCACCUGUCAUUCUGUCGAAACGGCUGUGACCAAAGUAUCCAACGAUUUAAUUGCUGCUAAAUCUUGCGACCAUUACUUUAUCCUAAUUCACCUUGAUCUUUCUGCUGCCUUUGACACUGUUGAUCAUCAACAGCUUCUUUGCAUUCUCCAUAAUUUUGUUCUAUGGGAUACUGCUCUCUCCUGGUGCUCCUCAUGCCUCUCCCAGCACUCUUUCAGUGAGUGUUUCUCUGACUCUGCCUCUUACCCCCAACCACUCUCUGUCGGCGUCCCCCAAUGUUCUCUCCUUGGUCCCCUACUGUUCUCUAUCUCUACUGCCUCCCUUGGUAAACUCAUCAGCUCUUUUGGCUUCUGUUAUCAUUUCUGUGCGGAUGACACACAAAUCUACCUGUCCUCUCCUGAUCUCUCUCAGCCCAUCUUGACUCGUGUCGCUGACUGCCUCUCUGCGAUUUCCAACUGGAUGGCUGCUCACUUCCUUAAACUCAACCUGUCCAAAACAGAACUUCUGAUCUUUCCUCCCUCAAGUGUUGCUACUCCCGUGUCUGUCUCCCUCCAAGUCAACGGCGCUACCAUCACCUCUACCUCGCAGGCUUGCUGCCUGGGUCUUCGUUUUGACUCCAAACUCUCCUUCACCCCUCAUGUCCAAUCAAUCGCCAAAUCCUGUCGCUUCCAUCUCAAAAACAUAGCAUCUGCCCCUAUUUAUGCUGGAUGUGGCUAAGGUGCUGGUCUAUGCUGUUGUUUUCUCUCGCCUUGACUACUGCAAUCCCCUUCUCAGUGGUCUUAUGUGUUCCCAGAUUGCACCGCUGCAAACUAUAAUGAAUGCGGCAGCGAGGCUCAUUUUCCUGUCCCCUCGCACCUCCCACGCCUCCCCGUUCUGUCAGUCCCUGCAUUGGCUUCCAGUUAGAUAUACAGGUGAUACUCGAAAAAUUAGAAUAUCGUGCAAAAGUUCAUUUAUUUCAGUAAUGCAACGUAAAAGGGGAAACUAAUAUAUGAGAGAGACGCAUUACAUGCAAAGCAAGAUAGUUCAAGCCGUGAUUUGUCAUAAGUGCGAUGAUUAUGGCUUACAGCUCAUGAAAACCCAAAAUCCACAAUCUCAGUAAAUUAGAAUAUUGUGAAAAGGUGCAAUAUUCUAGGCUCACAGUGUCCCACUCUAAUCCAUAACAGCUCCAAAGGGUUUCUGAGCCUUUAAAUGGUCUCUGUCUGGUUCAGUAAGAAUCACAAUCAUGGGGAAGACUGCUGACCUGACAUUUGUGCAGAAAACCAUAAUUGACACCCUCCAUAAGGAGGGAAAGCCUCAAAAGGUAAUUGCGAAGGAAGUUGGUUGUUCCCAAAGUGCUGUAUCAAAGCACAUUAAUAGAAAGUUAUGUGGAAGAAAAAGAUGCACAAACAGCAGGGAUGACUGCAGUCUGGAGAGGAUUGUCAGGAAAAGGACAUUCAAAAGUUUUGGGACUUUCACAAGGAGUGGACUGAGCCUGGAGUCAGUGCAUCAAGAGCCACCACACACAGGCGGAUCCUGGACAUGGGCUUCAGAUGUCAUAUUCCUCUUGUCAAGCCGCUCCUGAACAACAAACAACGUCAGAAGCGUCUUACCUGGGCUAAAGAAAAUCAGACCUGGUCUGUUGCUCAGUGGUCCAAAGUCCUCUUUUCUGAUGAGAGCAACUUUUGCAUCUCAUUUGGAAACCAAGGACCCAGAGUCUGGAGGAAGAAUGGAGAGGCACACACUGCAAGAUGCUUGAAGUCCAGUGUGAAGUUUCCACAGUCUGUGUUGAUUUGGGGAGCCAUGCCAUCUGCUGGUGUUGGUCCAUUAUGCUUCAUUAAAUCCAGGGUCAACGCAGCCGUCUACCAGGAGAUUUUGGAGCACUUCAUGCUUGCUUCCGCAGACGAGCUUUAUUGGGAUGCUGACUUCAUUUUCCAAAAGCACCAAAACCUGGUUCAACGACCGUGGGAUUACCGUGCUUGAUUGGCCAGCAAACUCGCCUGACCUGAACCUCAUAGAGAAUCUAUGGGUCAUUACCAAGAGAAAGAUGAGAGACAUGAGACCGAACAUUGCAGAAUUGCUGAAGGCCGCUAUUGAAGCAUCCUGGUUUUCCAUAACACCUCAGCAGUGGCACAGGCUGAUAGCUUCCAUGCCACGCUGCAUUGAAGCAGUAAUUGCUGCAAAAGGGGCCCAAACCAAGUACUGAGUCCAUAUGCAUGCUUAUAUUCCUUGUUUUAUUUAUUUACUCAUGACAAAUGUGUAAUGAGUAAAUAGCUAUCUAAUAUCUAUCUGAACUAUCUUGCUUUGCAUGUAAUGCGUCUGUCUCAUAUAUUAGUUUCCCCUUUUAUGUUGCAUUUCUGAAAUAAAUGAACUUUUGCACAAUAUUCUAAUUUUUCGAGUAUCAUCUGUAUAUGCUAAGGUAAUGCGGUGGGGCCACUGUACCGGAAGAACAAGCAUAACGUACUACUGAAUGUUAAUGUAUUGACAUAUGUAAUACUUGUUAUAUCCUAUCCAAGACAAACUAUGUAUGUGAUAUUGAUAUGUAUAUGUAUAUGCAGUGGUGUAUCCUGGUUUUGUGCCGCCCUAGGCAGGACAAAACUCGGGCACCCCCCAACCCCCGCGCCACCCUCACCCAACCCUUUCCCCCACCCCACCUUCUAAAUACACACACAGUCAGACACACACACACAUACACAGUCAGACACACAAACACAGUCAGACACACACACACACACACACACACACACACAGUCAGACACAAACACAGUCGGACACAAACACACACACACAUGCACAGUCAGACACAAACACACAUGCACAGUCAGACACAAACACACACACACAGUCAGACACACACACAGACACAGUCAGACACAAACACACACAGUCAGACACACACACACACACACAAUCACUCACAUUAACACUUUUAAAAUUUAACCCCUCUCUUCCCCCCCCCCCAGCAGAGAGAUGAUGGGUUGUUGGGGAAUUUAGUAUUAAAACAUUAAAAAUUGUUUAAUGCUAAAUGAAAGGAAAGCUCCAGGGGUGAGACAGUUUUGGUUCCUGCAGUGUCCUUUUAAGUAUAUUUUAAUACUCCGCUUGUACUUGAUGAUCUUUAACUAGUGCUUAGAAAUGAUUUUGGAGCAUGGGCCUGCCCUUUUCCUUCUCGUAAGCAGAUGAUUUAUGUGAUGGACCGCCUGGCACCCCGACUGGGUGCCUCCAUCAAUCGAUGCUCUUAGUGCUCACCAAGGACUCCAAGCACUCCACCAGACACCAUAAGCACUGUAGCCGCUUCAGCUUGGCUGGGGUCUCACCGUCCUCCAUCCACCCUGGACCCAAGACCAGGAUACAGCUUCCAGUGGGUUUACCUCCCCUACUCCAGAGAGUAUAGCAGGAACAGCUCUUAUAAGAGCUAGUGAUUAGAACCCAGGGGAGUAUAAGUAAUAGCAAUCCCCAGAGUGUGAAUAUAGCUGUUGUCUCCACACAUGAGACGAGGCUCUAUGUAGAGGGUGAAGAUGAACUGGUGCCACACUUGGCCUUUUAUGACAAUCCCCAUGCAAGGGGCACUCCCACAUGGUCCUUGUGGGGAACUACGCUACAAAAUCACAGACCAAUAAUAAUAGUGUUACAAUGCAUGACACUCCCACAUAGCACACAAUCCCUCCCCUCUGCCUGGGAGAUAAUUGAGUCAGAUACUGUAUUAGCUCAAUUAUCUCCAGGAAGAAAAAAAACCCAAAAAACAUAAUAUCCCCACAAAUGUUAGAUCCCCUGAUAGCACUGAUCUGGGUUAGCAACAUUUUCAAAAAUCACCCAGAUCAGUUCAGGGGCUCAUGCCCAAAACAGUUCCAGAGAAUCAGGGCUUGUGGUCGGUCUAGUUCGGUAGUUUGAAAAUUAACAAACUACCGAACAGAGUCAAUAGUCUUAACUGGAGCUUGUUCCCCUCAUCCAGACGAAUGAUUUCACCGAACAGUGCCCUGAUAAGUUGUAUAGAACCGAACACAGGUGAUGAUGGAAGUCCAGCAGUGUUCGGGAGUUCCUGUGUCCGAUUUUAGUUCCAUGAGAUUCAUGCCCAAACACUGCUGCCUGCGUUCAUGCGAACAAGAUGAUCGCCCUAUGGACAUGUUUGUCCAUAGGAAUUACGGUCACCCAGACGCAGAGAAAAGGUAUUGUUUACAUUACUGCCUAGUUACACCUCUAGUGGCCCUCACUCAGACGUCCACUAGAGGUGCUUCCUGGGUCGCAGCACUGAUCUUCAGCGUCUCCAUGUUCUUAAUGGAGACAAUGAACGCUCCCCAUAGAGAUACUCUGUUUCAAUGCAUCUCUAGGAGGAGAUACUGAUUGGCACAGCUCUGUGUUUUGCUGUGCAUGCACAAUAGCCUCCCAAUGCUUUCCUAUAGGAAAGCAUUGGAUUGGCUGAGAUUGUCAAAUUUGAUGAUCUCAGCCAAGUUGGGCAGAGCCAGCUGUGGCAAGACCAGCAUGGCGCUGGAGAAAAGAUUGGUAAACUUCCUUUUUAAAGUAAGGAGAGGGGGUCAGGGGACCUAAACUGUACUUUUUAAAACUAUAGUGUCAGGAAUACAAGUUUUUAUUCCUCACACUGCAGUGUUCCUUUAAGAUGUGGUAGUUUUGGUACUUAUUGUCGCUUCAAAAUUAAGUUUGUUUUUGCAAUGUCUGUUGGCAUAAUUUGCAUCUGCAUUUCUGUUCAGUUUCAUAGACAACAGUUCAUUAUAAACAAUGCUUAGACCUGACCAUUUUUAUUUUCUAUUCACCUUAGGUUUUGCCUCCAUUGCGUGAUGUUUCCAGUCGCCCUGAAGUGGGAACAACAGUAAGAAACAAACUGGUACGGUUGAUGACCCAUGUGGAUUUAGGAGUGAAGCAAAUUGCUGCAGAAUUCCUCUUCGUUCUUUGCAAGGAAAGAGGUAAAUGCUGUGAUGAUCACAGAAACUUCAUGGUGUUAUAUAUUGUAAAAAAAAAAAAAAGGUGUGGGUGCUGGGAAUCCCCAACUGUUUUGAUUAAUUCUUUCUAUGGAUAAAGAAUAUUUGUUAUGGUCACUUCCAAAAUAAAAAAAAAUAUAUAGUACCGUUUGGCUCACCAUACAAGUCAUUUUUUACUUAAAUGGAGUGUUACAGUGAGCACUACAUUAAAAUACUAGAUAUAUUCCCUAAGAAGCAAUGCAUGUCAUUUGUUUACCAAACCACUGUACUUCAGUUUCCUUGGAAAAUUACCGUAUAUUGGGUCCCGUUUUUAACUGUGCUUAUUGGACAGUACAUUACUGACUAAUUGAUAAAACGAUCAAUGCACAUGGAAUUUAUGAUCAUGAAAUUAAAGCCAGAAGGUGCUGCUUUAUUGGGACACUAUAGUCAUGUAGGCCUCUUCAUCUCUGUGAAGUGGUCUGGUGUAGUGACCACAUCCUUUUAACCCAGCAAUGCAAAAUAUGGUAGGUUUGUGGUUUUUUAGAAACUGCAAUGUUUACAUUGCAGGAUUAAAUCCACCUCUACUGUCUAUUAUAUUGACAGCCAGUAGAGGCUCUUCUGCGUUAAAAAGCAAUGUUUUUUUGUAGGAAUUUUUAUUAAUUAUUGCUGCACAUUGGGGGGGGGGGGGCAGGGUCACUAAAGUAUUAGGAACGAAGGUCUGUGUUCCUAAUGCUAUCGUGUUCCUUUAAAUAUUAUUUAUGCAUGAUAUAUGUUGUAUUUUUUUUUUAUUUCCUGGUACAUGUAUGUUUGUAUGUAUGUUAAUAUUUCCUUGCAGUGGACAACUUGUUGAAGUACACAGGAUAUGGGAAUGCAGCUGGACUUCUUGCUGCCAGAGGUCUUUUAGCUGGUGGCAGGGGUGACCACUGGUAUUCUGACGAUGAAGAUACGGACACUGAAGAAUACAAAACUGCAAAACCAAAGUAAGUGUUUAUUAAUUAUAAUCAUAACCACAAAGCUUGCACUCUAUAUGGCAUGUCUGCACAUUUUCCCUUGUUGAAUAUAAUGAAAGACAUGGCUUAAAGUGGGGUCGUUGGAUAGUCAAGUGGCUUAUAACCAGAGAUUGGAGAGGGCUCUAGUGAAUUCUUUAUUGGUUGCGUGCAACUGAAAAACAGAAAAUGUGUCUGAAACUGUUGCUGGUAUUUUAAUGUGAUUGCUUUAAAACAAAAACCAUGUCACUUUACUUAUCUAUAGCUUUAGUUUCUUCAUUUUAAUUUUGUGAGCAUGUGAAUGACUAGAAUCUUGUGUUUCAGCAUCAAUCUUAUUACUGGUCAUGUGGAAGAGCCAGCACCUAACCCACUAGAUGAAAUGACUGAGGAACAGAAGGAGUAUGAAGCAAUGAAAUUGGUCAAUAUGUUUGAUAAACUUUCAAGGUAUUUAAGCUUUUGUUAUUCUUUUGCUUUCACAUGAUGAUUAGUUAUGUUGCAUUUACAUUAUUACACUUUUUCUGACUUGAUUGGUGCUUUUUACACCUUUUUCCCCCUGUAUAUGUAGCCUCUUUUUUAAUUUUGUUGGAUUAACUACUAAUGAUUUGAAACACAAUUUAGCAAAAGAUGCAAAGCCAGUAAACCACUCAUGGACAGCUGUUUGAUUGUUAAUGCGAAUCAUCAGUAUGAGAUUGGUUACUGGUUUGCUUAUUGAGGCUUGGUAGUGCUUGGGAAGCAGAAUCCAAACAGGUUAUGGUGGGGGGAAAAUUGUGAUUGAAAACCCUUUCCACCUGAAGUAUGUGGAUAGUUAAUACAAUGUUAAACAAAAAUCUGCACACCAGUCAAGCCAUAAGACUUGCUUUUCCCACAGAAAGCACAAAUCUGCAGUGAUGUUACUACUGCAAAGGAUUCUGGGUGGGCAUAUGCAAAUUAGUUUAACAAAGAAUCACAUUUUUGCCUCAUUCCAUUUUAAAUAUGGAUUUCUUUGAGUCUGUGUUUGCUGUAUACAACAGCUUUGAAACACAACUUGGGCAGAUUUUUGUUUAACAUUGUAAUAUAUAUAUAUAUAUAUAUAUAUAUAUAUAUAUAUAUAUAUAUAUAUACAGUAUCUCACAAAAGUAUCUCACAAAAGAGAGUACACCCCUCACAUUUUUGUAAAUAUUUUAUUAUAUCUUUUCAUGUGACAACUGAAAAGAAAGACACUGCUACAAUUUAAAGUAGUAAGUGUACAGCCUGUGUAACAGUGAAAAUUUGCUGUCCCCUUAAAAAAAACUCAACUCAGCCAUUAAUGUCUAAACCGUUGGCAACAAAAGUGAGUACACCCCUAAGUGGAAAUGUCCAAAUUGGGCCCAAUUAGACAUUUUCCCUCCCCGGUGUCAUGUGACUCGUUGGUGUUACAAGAUCUCAGGUGUGUUAAAUUUGGUGUUAUCGCUCUCACACUCUCUCAUACUGGUCACCUGGAAGUUCAACAUGGCAAUGAACUCUCUGAGGAUCUGAAAAAAAGAAUUGUUGCUCUACUUAAAGAUGACCUAGGCUAUAAGAAGAUUGCCAAGAUCCUGAAACUGAGCUGCAGCACGGUGAGCAAGACCAUACAGCGGUUUCACAGGACAGGUUCCACACAGAACAGGCCUCAGCGUCAUAUGCGUAGGUUGUCUUUGCGAAAUAGAAGUAGCAGAGGGUGGGGGAUCAGCCUGUCAGUGCUCAGACCAUACGCCGCACACUGCAUCAAAUUGGUCUGCAUGGCUGUCAUCACAGAAGGAAACCUCUUCUAAAGAUGAUGCACAAGAAAGCUCGCAAACAGUUUGCUGAAGACAAGCAGACUAAGGAAAUGGAUUACUGGAACCAUGUCCAGUAGUCCGACGAGACCAAGAUAAACUUAUUUGGUUCAGAUGAUGUCAAGCGUGUGUGGCAGCAACGAGGUGAGGAGUACAAAGACAAGUGUGUCUAGCCUACAGUCAAGCUUGGUCGUGGCCUGCAUGAGUGCUGCCGGGACUGGGAAGCUACGGUUCAUUGAGGGAACCAUGACUGCCAACAUGUACUGUGAUAUACUGAAGCAGAGCAUGAUCCCCUCCCUUCGGAGACUGGGCCGCAGGGCAGUAUUCCAACAUGAUAACGAUCCUAAGCACACCUCCAAGACUUAGCUGCCUUGCUAAGAAACUGAAGGUAAAGCUGAUGGACUGGUAAAGUAUGCCUCCAGAUCUAAACCCUAUUUAGCAUCUGUGGGACGUCCUCAAAUGGGAGGUGGGGGAGCGCAAGGUCUCUAACAUCCACCAGUGAUGUCGUCAUGGAGGAGUGGAGGCUUCCAGUGGCAACCUAUGAAGCUCUGGUGAACUCCAUGCCCAUGAAGGUUAAGGCAGUGCUGGAAAAUAAAGGUGACUACCCAAAAUAUUGGGCCCAAUUUGGACAUUCCCACUUAGGGGUGUACUCACUUUUGUUGCCAACGGUUUAGACAUUAAUGGCUGUUUGUUGAGUUAUUUUGAGGGGACAGCAAAUUUACAAUGUUAUACAGGCUGUACACUUACUACUUUACAUUGUAGCAGAGUGUCAUUUCUUCAGUGUUGUCACAUGAAAAGAUAUAAUAAAAUAUUUACGUGUGUGUGUGUGUGUGUGUAUAUAUAUUUGAAAUCAGAAAACCCAAAAGUGCCCCAUCCUGAGUGCAGUAACCAGAAACACUGUGCCAAACAGGUUUCAUAAAAUAAGGUAAGGGAUGGUCUUCCUGGCCAGCCUUGUAAUUGACUUUCAGUAUCCUGGAGCCAAUUACCACAGCUACAGUUCUGUUAUAUACUCUUCACUCUGUUGAAUACAUAACAGAUUGUGUUUUCAUGUUUGAAUCCUCAUUAAAAACACAUAAUUAUCAGGUAAUUGCUAAACGUGAUGCUGUUUCUUUCACUGUCUUUGUAGCCUGUGGAAUAAAAACGAUGCUAUAGAAAAUAUUAUAUGGCAUUCAAUUAGUACAAAAAUUAAUAGGGCCCCAAACAAAAUGCAGUGGAAUAAGAGCUGCAGGUUGAGGACUGAAUGGCUGUCAUUGCACAGCAGACACAAUCAUUAAUUCCACGCGUAAAUACAUGACACAGUGUAUGCAGGAAUGAAGAUUUAUUGAAAGAAGGAAAUGAUUUAGCUAGUCAUACAGCUAAUCUAUGGGUGAAUAGCUGCGUCUUCUUAGGAAACCAAUAAUGAGAGGAAAGAAUGUGAUACGAGUACUGUAUUUUCUACUGCCAAUAGAGUUUAUACAGUUUGAAAUAAUACAAUAGAUUAAAGGGUAGAAAUGUCUUAAAGGAACCAUAAACCAUAUUAUUUAUUGAUUUGUCAGCAAAGCUCUACUGCUCAAACUCUAUGCAGUUCUUUGCAGAGUUUAUCAUAGAAAUGCUGCUGGAAUACUUAGAUUUACUAUCCAGUGAGAAACAGGUGAAAUAUGUCUGCAUUGAUAGCAUAUAGCGGAUGAGUGCAUGAAGAACUCCUAUUCAUACCCUAACCCUUAGUUUCUUUCUGGCUUCACAGUGUCUACAAAUAAACCCUAUCAGGGCUAAAAGCUGCCAUAAUAACUUAAAGGGACACUAUAGUUACCAAAACAGCUAUAGCUUAAUUUAGUUAUUUUGGUGAGUAUAGUCAGUCCCUGCAGGCAUUUCAAUGUAAACACUGCCUUUUCAGGCCACUAGAGGGGCUUCCUGGGUCAGUGCUGCAUAAUGUGCUCCCCAUAGAGAAACAUUGAGUCAAUGCAUCUCUAUGAGGAGAUUCUGAUUUGAUGUAUCACAGUGUUUUGCCGGUGUUGUGGUUUUAAAUGAAUAUGUUCAAAGGGUUUCACAAUAACUGCUGUGUUAAACUUUCAGGAGCAUCAAGAUGGCUUCCAGCUAUCUGCUUCAAAGAGCAUCAAGAUAGCCACCAGCCAUGUGUCCUGGUAUAAUCUAGUUAAACUAACAAUAUACAUCACCUAGUUACAUGAACAAGAGUUACUGGAAGCCCACAUAUAUUUGCAAGCAUUCAAAACCAACCCUAACUUUGUACAGUUAUAAUUUAGAUUAUUAGCCGCACCAGGUAUUUUUGCAGAGAUAUAUCCUAGCAGUUAGCUCCCAAAUGACAAUCACUCAGAGUGCAGCAAAAGAUAAUGUUUACUAAAAAGAUGUUAGAGAAAAUAUAACGCAUCUUAGCUAAGCAUUUGUAAUACUAACUAGACCAUUAUCUUUUGUAGUACUAAUAGUAUAUGUUCAAUGAUCAGUGUUAAAACAUAUCAAAUUCUAUCCAAGCAAUUUAAUCUAAACACAAGAAUAAAAAAAAUAAAGAAAGAAAUUUAUUUAUAGUUUUAUACUUAACAUCCCAGGAUCUUAGAUGAAAUGAAGGAAAAGGUUUGUGCUGCUCUGGAUAGAUCAAACUCAAUGUCCUGUUUGAAACAUUUGGACCUAGAGCACACACUUGCAGCCUGAGAAAAUUUGUAUGGCUGCCAGAAGAGUCAUGUGUAGAGCACUUUGCCAUCUAAAUGCUACCCCAAAGAACUACAAAAACCAACUCCCAAAUCCUCCACAAAACAGCUUCCACAAUAAUCAUAGUAACAUGUCCCUCCUUCUAAGCUAUUCCCUGCCCAUCAACCUUCCUCCUGACUCUGAACUGGUCAACUAGUUUUAUUAAAGCUAUGCUCAUUUCAACAAUGGAAAGGAAAUGAUUAACCAUUUCAAUGCUGUAACUGACAUUUAUGCAGGGAAUGUCUGUUAAAUGGUGAAACCCAUAGACUAAUAACUUUGGGCAUAAAAGUCCAAAUAUUGUGUUAAAAUGUUAGUCAUUUUUCAUGUCCAUAACAGCCGGCAUGAUCGAUAGCCAUCCAAUGCUUUCCUAUGAUCCCAAGGGGGCAGAGUGUGGGUGGGGGCAGCCACGACCAGUUCCGCACAGUGCUGGAAUAAGGUCAGUAAAUACCUUUUUACCGUAGCCAAAAGGGUGACGGCAACCUAAACUGUUCAUGAAACGCUUAGUUGGUAAUCUUUGAUAUAAAAAAAUAAAUCAAUCAGGUAAAGCCACAGCAUUCAUUGCAAACGUGAAGGAGAAAUGUAAACAUGUUUACUUUGUACACAUCUUUCUGUUUUCUGGCUGCCAGGUGCAUAGGAUUAAGUUUAUAAUAAUGAUAGUUAGGGAGUUAAAAUGGAGGUGUCCACUAGCUGUGGAUUUCUACAAUAAAUUUAUUUUUCACACUUUUUAAAUAUACAUAUGUGAUAAAUACAUGGAUAAGUAAAGUGGAAUGGUCAUUUCCCAGCAUUUUUAAUAGUAUGUUUAAAGGAACACUCCAAACACCUAAAGCACUUUAGCUUACUGACAUGCUUUCUGUGAAGAGAAUGUUCACUUUUUUUUAUUUCUGCGAUUUUAUAAAAUGUGCAUAUUUCAACAGAAAUUAGCACUUUAAAAAAAAUGAACCAGGUUACACCCCUUGGCUGUCAAUUACACAACCAGUCCUGUUACUUCCUGGUUUGGUUAGCUCAGUGGAGCUAAACUCAAGAGGCAGGAAGUUGCUCAGAGCAUCUGCCUUAAAGACUACUCAUUGAUUAGAAAUUUUUUAUUUUCUGAGUAUGCUAAAACCAGUGUGUAUUUGAACUGGUGCACACAGUUUCAUAUACCCUCCUGUUCACUGCUGUCAGACAGCUGAUGGUGCUGGACUAGCCACUCAGAAGUGCUGCUUGGGCUGUUAAACGCAUGUUUUUGUGGUGUUUCCUUCAUAUCAUAUGAAAUAAAUACAGGGAACCUAGUUCUGUCAUUCACUCUAAAUAGCAGUGAGUGACUGAAGAUAUCCUAGGAGGCUGAGAUGCUUUACCUUGAAUGAUGGAGGUGUCCUGCAUAGAAUAAAUUGACAUGUGUCACUAGGUGCCAUCAAGUUUUAACAUUUGCUUAUAUUAAAGAAGUCUGAUGGCUCUUAUAAAGUCAUUAUUUGAGGUUUCCCCUGUGAAUCAUGGCAGUAGACUAACCUAGUGGUACUGUCUGCACUUGACACAUGGAAGCCUUUUGGGAUUCUGUAGCAGCAGUGUAUUCCUCAUACAUUUGGCAACUUGUCAGUUACAAGUACACAGGCACCUAAAAAAACUAUUCUCUAACUGCCUUGUUCUGGGUCAGAACAUUGUUGUACAGGGAGGAACAACUUUAGUGCAUUUUAUAGGUUUGGGCCUCAUUCAUAUGCUGCAUUUUCUUGCAAGCUCAAAUUUGUAAUUUUUUUUUUUACAAAAAAUAUUUAAAUGUUUUUUGUAAAACGCUGCACCAUAAGCCUGCUUUAUGAGCCUUUCGAUAAUUCUUAAUCAAAUAUUUGUAGACAACUCUGCCAUUGACAGCACUUAGUGGUCAAUCUUUUUUCUAUAUAAAGAUAUACCUAAUGAGACAGAUAAAUUAAUUAUGUAAAACAGAUUUAAAAAAAAAAUAAUUCUAUAAAGAGAUGGGUGAAUAGUUAUAUAUUAUGUGCAUGUGAAGAAUCAGCACUUUCUUUUUUUUUACAGCACCUGUUGAUUAGUGGAGAGUGGGAUAAUCCUUGUCAGAGUACCAUUUUACUCCAUAAUCUGCAUGGAAAACAUUACUUGGCUUUGCCUCUUUAACCACCAAAUAUUUUUAAUUUUUUAUUAUUAUUACAUGCCUUAUUCGCACUCUUAUAAAAGCUAAUCUGUGCCAUACAGAUACAAGCAUGGGUUGGAGUUCCAGGAAGAGAUAUGUGCAGAAAAAAAAUGAAUUUAAUGUACUUAUUUAUUAGCUUAAAUCAAUAAUUAAUGAUUCUAAAAUGAGGCAGUAGCUUGUGGAGUAGAUAUAAUUGGAUUAAUGUUGGAGAGCUGUUGGAAGCUUUAAAAAGGAUUAGAAUGAUUGUCAGCUCUGUAAUUAAACUGCUGCUGACAAAAACUACACAAAGGUUGACUAAUUCCAAGAGAAUUGUCUGGGUUUCAAGCACCUCUAGAGGAUGUAUGUGUAGAAUGUUUUAUAACCGAUACAUUUUUAUUUCAUUCUGUCUUCUAAAUAAACUACUCCUUUAAUUGGGCAGGAACCCGCCAAAGAACCAUCUUUUUAUAUAAAUAAAAAGAAUAAAUAAGGAACUAACAAAGGGAACUUUGUAUAAACAACUCAAGUUGUUCACCUUGUCUAGUGCUCAUUAAGCCUUGACUUCCCAUCUCCACAUCACUUUUAAUUGGCUUCCUACAUCUUUGUUCAACCAGGUUGUUUUUUUUCUCUUUUUUAAAUGUUUUUUUCAUUACUUUUGUUUUCUUUCAUCUUUUAUUUGCUAAACACCGAGCCGUUGCAGGGAAAAUAUAUAAAUAAAUGCAUUUGCGUGGCAUUCUAGAUAAUAUAAAAAGGAUGCUGAUUUAUUAUAAAGUAGUGAAUACCUCUUUCUUUUUCCCUCUUUCCAGAGAAGAUCUUAUUAAACCAAUGGGAGUAAGAGCAGAUGGAACAAUGGCGCCUUUGGAAGAAAUGAUUCACAGUUCCCACAAAGCUGACGAAAACAGUUCAGAUUCAGAUUAAAAUAAUCAUUGUUGUUUUUUUUUUUGUUUUGUUUUUUUUCUUUCCUACAGUGAUAUCUGUUGCUAUUUAUACUCUUGAUCAAACGGUUUUAUCUUUUGAAAAGUACUAUAUAAGAUCACAAUUUUGUCAUGGCAAUUAAUUAUCUACAUUAAACUAUUCACAAGGUCAUUUGGGUGUCAUUUAAUUUAUUAAAUAUUGGAUAUGUGGCCUAGAAAGGUAGAAACAGUCUUGUCUGCAUUCCUUAAUUGUAAAAAAUAAAUAA